AUGAACGGUAAAGUGAGAGAGGAUUGGCAGCCCUUUAAUAGGGGAUUCAAGCCCCUCCCACAACUACAGGCCAGGGCCUUAACAUAUAUAUAUGUUAACAUAUAUAUAUUUUUUAUUGCUCAAAACGAUCAACAUUUCAGUUUGUAAUCCAAACUUUCAAACGUCGACCUUUUUGAGCAAUAAAAGUUAAGUUUUACUUUAUCACUUGGAAGUCCUUGGAGUGCUAUCCACACUUCAUUGAAUCUGUGAAUGCUGACAAGCAUCGAUAUAUACCAGUUUAAAUGUGUUCUAACUGUAUUUUGAAAUUAAUAUACAUAUAUAUUUAAAUAAAAAUACAUUUAAAAUGAUGUUAUAAAUACAUAUAAGAAUGCAGGGCCACCAAAAUCACCCUUAGAGUGACAAUAGCCCUAUAGGUAUUUUUAGAGGGAUCUGGACAGGGUCCAUAGUCUAUGGGAAGAAGUCUCACCCCAGGAAUUGAGGCGUUCUCUACAAUCUUAUUGACCCCCAUAGGAUUUAUUAUUUUUUUUAAAACUAUUUAAUGGGAUGCCUUUCUAGCAAGCACUGGCCAGUUGUCACAUAAUUAACCCUUGCUCCUCUGAGGGUUUUAACUUUUUGUUAAAAGUUUUUUUUGUCUUCUUUUUGUCUUCUGGUUGCUAGCGAUGCCAGUAUGCAAAUCAUUCAGAUUUUUUUUAAAUCCAGUCCCAGAUGUGAAGCAUCUAGCCCCGGAUUUGAAGUGUUCAGUCUGACUAAAUUUCUGGCCUAAAUUACAAAAUUCAGGCAUUGUUAAAUAGUGUGAACAAAGUCUGGAUUUGCAGUCCGAAAAAUCCGUAUGCAGCCCAAUGGUUUUACACCAUUCAUACGGGGCCAUUUUGACUUUAGUGAAUUACCCUGUAAGAGUGUCCCUUUACAGGUUUAUUAUUUACCAAAGUAAGAAUUCAAAGUGUAUUCAAAGGGAAUCUCAAAUUUAAGAUCAAAACAGCCAAACUUUAAAAAAUCUUUAAGUUAGCAAUGCUUUCACUUUGGCCACUCGGAUUGUAAACCCUUAACGCCGUUACGACGUUCCAUGCUGUUCUGCAUUUUAUGGGCUUUAAAACCAUUGUGGCAGCAUGGAACGCUGUAAUAGGUUUUGGCCCCAGAAGCUUCAGUGGACUUACCUUUGCCAUGAUCCACUUCGGGCGGACUGUCUGACAGCCCAGGCAGUCUACCCUACUACAUCUGGCCCCCGGGGCCAUGUGAUUGCUCUCAAAGAGAGAUCACAUGGUACCAAUAGGUGUCUGUGAAGCUUUUUUAUUUUUAUUUUUUUAUUUAUUUAUUGUUUUACUUUACUUUAUUUUUAUUUUUUUAUUAAAAUAUAAAUACACUAAGUAUGAAUUUUAAAUUCAAAUAUAUAUACUUAUCAUACAUGAUACAUACAUGAUAAGUAUAUAUAUUUGUAUUUAAAAUUCAUACAUAUAUAUUUAUAAUUUCAUCAUAACUGUAAUUUGAUAAGAAUAUAUAUAUAUAAAUAUUCAUAUCAAAAUACACUCAGAAUAAAAUAAUAAAUAUAAAUAUAUAAAUAAAUUAAAUUAUUUUAAAAAAAUAUACAUUUAUAUAUAAUUGCAUAAAUAAUUACAUAAAUAUACACCUAGAAUUUAUAUAGAUAUAUAUGUAUAUACAUUUAAAUUCUAUGUGUAUAUUUAUGUGAUUUUUAUACAUAAUUAAGUGAUAUUAUUAAUUACACUUUGAGGAACCUGCCUGAUAACCUAGGCAGAAAUUUCAGAUAAUUUAAUUUGCAAGCCCUAUAUUUAACAAUCCAAGAUUCCAAAAACGCCAUAAAACCUGUAUGUGGGGUUACCGUUUUACUCAGGAGACUUUGCUGAACAUAAAUAUUAGUGUUUUAAAACCAUAAAAUGUAUCACAGCGAUGAUAUAAUCAACAAAAGGGCAGUUUUUGUUUGAAAAAUGCAAAAAACUAAUAUGAACGCUAACUUUGGUCAGUGUUUGUGACUAAGUGGCUACUAAAAAAUACUGGCAAUACCCCAAUUUAAAAUACCUUGGGUUGUCUACUUUUUUAAAUGGUAUGCCAUGAUGAGGGUAAAUCUCAUUCCUGGGCUACCAUACGUUCUCAAAGGCAACAUAACAAAUCUGGAAAAUUUCAAUGUGCAAAAACAGAAAUGGCCAAGUCUUAUAUUUGACCCUUUAACUUUCCAAAACACCAUGAGUACAUGGUGGGUACUGUUUUAUUUGUGAGGUAUUACUGAACACAAAUUUGAGUGAUUUAGUUUAGAGCAAUAAAACAUAUAAUGCUGAUGAUAUUAUCGGUGACAGGGAAGUUUAUUUGUGAACAAGGCAAGAUAACAAAAAUAUCCGCUAAUUUUGGCCAUCGUUUGGGUCUAACUGGUUACUAAACCCUGGGUUGCCUGUGUUUUCAAAUGGUAUGCCAUAAUUGGGGUAAAUUUCAUUCCUGGGCUGCCAUACGGUCUCAAAGACAACAUAGGCCCAGCAAAUCACACUGGCAAAUUUUAGUGUGUAAAAACUGUAAAUGAGAAAAGCCUUAUAUUUAAUCCUGCAACUUUCUAAAACCCAUUAAAACCUGUACAUGGGUUGUACUGUUGUACUUUUGAGAUAUCGCUGAACACAAAUAUGUGUAUUUUAUUGCAGUAAAAGCUAAUAAUAUGACAUUCAUAGUUAAAAUGUCAUGCAGAACUUGAACUAUAACAACAUUCCUUAAUUUCUCAAAUUGUUUUAAAUAUUAUUAUUAUUAAAUGUUUCAUAUAUGAAUAUUAGAUAUGAAUUGAAAGCCAUGUUUUUCCUGAACAAAAUAAUAUAUAUUAAGUGUGGGUGUACUUAAUAUGAAAGAGGUGAAUUAUGGUUGAACACACUUAUAAUGCAAAUUCAAGGUUUUGUUUUGAUUAGAAUGUGCACAAUUGCCUCCAUCCUUAAGGGGUUGAGUUUGAACAUUACUUGGAGUUCUCAUUUUAGUACAUAAACCUGUUAAUCUUUUCAACACUUAAAUUUAAAUAUAAUGCUGUUCCAACAUUCACCACUAGAUGAUGGCAGAGCACAAGGUUAUGAUAGAUACAGUGCAGUCAAGACACUAUGGAAAGUGUUCACAGAGCUUAUAAAUUAUCAAACGAAAAAAGGAGUAAAUAUAUGGAUCUUCAAUCAAAGUCUAGCUUUUGUGCCUAUUUCAUGGAAACUCAAAACAUUUGUUAUGCUUGAGUAUACACUGAUCAGCCAUAACAUUAAAAUUGCCUGAAUAAUAUUGUGUAGCUUCCCUUUGUGAUGCCAAAAUGAUCUGAUGCGUUGAGGCAUUGACUCCACAAGAAAAAGGAAAUGAGUGAGUGGCGCUUACACAGUAAAAAAAACCAAUAUGAACACAGUUGUGGAGUGAGAAAGGUGUUCCCCAACACCCUAAGGUCAAAUAGUAAAAUAAAGGUACUUGAGGACAACAAGUGCCACAUACACACACCACUCCCUGUGUACAAAUGGUACCAAUAAAAAAUGACCAAAAAUAGUUAAGAAUGCUUAUACAUGUGCAGAUGUAUGCAGAUAAUAUUCCAUGUAAUAGAUUCCUACAACACAAAAGAACAAUACAUAGUAUAGACUGUAUUUGCAAAUAAAUUAGUAUAAAAGUAGUUGGAUACACUCACGAAUUCCAGAGCCGUGCCAGGCUCUGUAUAUAAUGCCCAAGGGUGCCUCAAAAGGCUGUGUAGAGGAUCUUGAAUGGUGUCCCCCAAGACUCAGGAGUUCACAAGUGUUGAAAUGAUGAAUUGUCUAUUUACAUGCACUUUACGAGUUAUUAUAGGUGCCCAUUUAUAACAUUGAGCUUUUGGCUUCAAUUGGGCAAACGAACUGAAUCAAACCAAACUAAUGAAAUUAGCGCCGAAAAUACCGGAAGUGACAUCAGACGCCGGUCAACCGAACUUCCGCCCACGUGACCGGCAGCCAUAGAAGUGGCGAAUUCAAAAGGAACAGCAUCUGGAUGAUCUUUAUGCACUGAUGAAAACUCAGACUGAGCUGAAAUGCGUCUGCAUAGCUGUGAGCUUGUGUGUCACCAUAUGGGACCUGCACAGUUUAUUUAACAUUUAUUGUAAUAAAUUUGUUUAUUUUUAAUAUCAUCAUUGCUGCUUUUUCCUGAGCCUUGGGGGACACCAUUCAAGAUCCUCUACAUAGCCUUUUGAGGCACCCUUGGGCAUUAUAUAGAGCGUGCGCUGAAAAGCGCUUUGAGUCCCAUUUGGAGAAAGGUGCUAUAUAAAUACGAGUUAUAAUUACUAGGAUUUUAGUUCUGCACAUCCUUUUUAUCAGCAGAGCUCUUUUCCCAAACACCCGAUGACACUCCCUUUAAAGAACACAGCACAUGUAUUUAUGCCCCAAACAGUCUCAUUUGCAUACAAUAGGGUGAAUACAGCACUAUAGUACAAGAAAGUGGUGUCAGACAAUAGCAAGGGCUGAGAACCAAAUGGGAGAUUGAAGAGGGACAGGGCUGCUAGUUUGAACUGGUCUAGCAGUGUCCCGUGAAUAAUUCCCUGCUGGGGAAACAAUAGUACAGGAAAAAGGGGGAGGAGGAAAGGCACAUACAACCUGGAAAAUCAAUACAUUAUACAUACCCUGCACAAAUACUGGGCACAGGGUGAACAAAACUAAAUAAUAGUCUGGGGAUGCACAUAAUAUGUCCGUCUUCUGACCCCAGUGAUGGUGACUACUGUCACAAAAGAUUUUCAGGGUUAUUUACUAAAGUGAGGGAGAAAAAAAUGAAUUUCAAACUUUAAGGCCAGAGUCAAAUGAAUGGAUAGCUGAGUUAGAGAGUGAAAAAUCCUGUAUAGCUUUAAGAAGUACUCAGAUCAUUAACUGAGCUGCUUUCAGCACCACGAUUAGGACGUCCAGGCCCUACAUUUCUAAUGUGUAUAUAUAUAUAUAUGUAUAUAUAUAUAUAGUGAAUAUCAGGGCUUAGGGGUUGAGAUACAAUAGGGGCUGGGAGGGAACAAGACACAUGGGGGGGCUCAGGGAAUGAGACACAUGGGGGGGCUCAGGGAAUGAGACACAUGGGGGGGCUCGGGGAAUGAGACACAUGGGGGAGCUCGGGGAAUGAGACACAUGGAGAGGCUUGGGAAAUGAAACACAUGGGGAGCUGGGGGAUUAAGACGCAUUUGUGGCUGGGGGUAUGAGACACAUGUGGAGCUGAGGUGUUAUGGACAACAUACUUGAAUGGAUAAAAUGUCUAUUUACUAAUAUCUAUUUAUUCUGUGUAUCUGUGUUCACUGUGUAAAACUGGCUGCUAGAGUAAAAGCUUCCCCUCCCCCUUUCUGUGUGCUCAAUAACCAUUUCCUCUGUAAACCCCUCUCACCCUGCUCCCCCUCCCAUCGUGUAACCAAAAUGGAGAAUUGCUGUUAGAGUAACUGCUUCCCUUUCUAACCCCUCCCCCGCUUCCUUUAUUCAAGUAAAGGCUCUCUCUAGAAACAUGCAACGUUAGUAAAAAUGGAGCUGGAAUGGAGCUGGGAUACAAAGAAAUGUCAUGUGAUGAUGCUGGGGUCACGCCCAGUAGGGUGGGUUUAGACAAGACCCCUUAGACUGUUAACCAAUUGUUGAAUGUAUACUUUAUGUUAACUGUGACUCUGGUACAUGACGUAUUUCUGCUUUAAAAGGGAAUCGCCCCCUCUGGAAUAAAGGCCAUUCUGAAGUCUUUCAUAAACCUGCAAUGCGUCCGGUGUGAUUUACUUCUAGAAGACUUGCGCACAAUCAAUUUAGAAAGGAGUAGAUAGACAAAUAAUCAAACAGUUUGUUUGAUCCAAAUCAGAGGUAUUAAGACACAUGGGGGAGUUGGGGAAUUGAGACACAUAGGGGCUGGGGGGUUGAGACACAUUGGGAGCUGGGGAAUUGAGACACAUGUGGGGCUGCGGGAAUUAAACACAUCAAGAGCUGGGGAAUUGAGACACAUGGGGAGGUGGGGCAUUGAGACACAUGGGGAGGUGGGAAAUUGAGACACAUCUGGGGCUGGGAGAAUGAGACACAUGGGGAGCUGGAGAAUUGAGACACAUGGGAAGCUGGGGGAUUGAGACCCAUGUGAGGUUGGGAAAUUGAGACACAUGUGCGCUGGGGGAAUGAGACACACUGGGGCUGGGGAGAGGAAUGAGACACACAGAGAGGCUGGGAAGAGGAGAAAGAGAUACACAUAAGGGCUGCAGGAAAGGAAUGAGACACACAGAGACAGAGGGGGGCUGAGGUAGACAGAGUCACACAAAGGGGCUUGGGGAAGAAAGAGACACACAACGGCUUUGCUGUAGAAAGAGACACACAAAGGGGCUGGAGGGGUGUAAGAGACACACAAAGGGUGGGAUGUAAGAAACACAAAGGAAAAAAAUGUGGGGAUAAGAUAUACUAAAAUAAAGUGUAAGACAAAAGGAAGAUAAGAUACAGUAAAGGUGGUAAGAUGUUCAAAACAGAGAAUAAGAAACACAAAAGGGGGUAAGAAAUUAAAAAGUGUGAUUAAGGGACACACAGGUGAAAAUUCACUUUUUUUUGGGGGGAUACAUUCUUCCCUGUGUAGCCAAAAUUCCUUGCACACUCAGCAUCCCUUAUACACCAUGCACUGCAUCCUUGUGAGUGGAAUUUGAUGUGUCUUGUGGACAGACUAUGGGGUGGGCCUUGAUCUGUGUAAAGGGUACCAAAAUUUCUCAUGGGACCCUCUAAAGUACUGGUAGUCAACAUGGCUCCUAGAGCCCAAUAGUGGGUGAUUCCAGCUUCCACGGUGGGCGGUGGCAGAUAAUGACUGGCCAGGUGGGUACAAGUGUGGGUGUUGUAGGUGCCCGGGGUGCAGGUUUGGGGUUAUGGUUUCUCUCCUGUCUUGGGGAAGCUCCAGUUAUGUAACUGCCCAUAUAUGGACACACACAAGCCUCUGAUGUCCCAAUGGAACCUCCUUACAAUGGAACAUUAUCCAGGCGAGCAACUCCCUCCAACCAUUGAGAGAGAACUCACAAAAAUGCCCAACACAACGCAUUGUGUGAACGCCUCCGUUUGCUAAAUCUCUCUUGAUAGCUAAAAUUAAGCGUGCAGAGCUACAUUCCUGAUCAGGACAGACAGGUGUGAUGUAACACGCCAAAAGAGGAGGGGAUGCACCUGAUGUGAAAGCAGGAACAGAAAGAAGUGUAGUGUUUAGAGUGGCUGAUAUUGAACUUUGGCAAGCUAAGUUCUGGUACUUUCCUUUGACAAGUUAAGUUCUGUUAUUUUCUGUUUACUUGGUUUACUUAACAUAAAAUAAAAGAAAGAAGGAAAGUAAGGAGGAGAGAAUAAACAAAACGGAAAAAAGAGACCCCUGAUAUAUAGAUAUUCCUUUUUUUGUUGUUGGCUAAUAAUAAAGUGGGCUACCUAGUUCAUCCUUCCUGCAGAUUGCAAUAAGGAAGGAGAAAAGAGAAGAAGAAAGAAAUUGGAGAAAAAAGGAAAAGGAAGAAAAAAAGUAGAAAAAAGCAAAAAAGAAAGUAGAAAGAAAAUAGUAACGGUGACAUGUAAUAAAAAUGGCCACCUAAUGCUCAUGCAGCGUUGUUGUUGGUGUUUGUCAUAAAAAGGAAAAUAGAAAAAGCUUUUUAAAAUUCAUUAAAUAUAAAUUAUAUAUGUAUAUACAUGCUAAAAGUAUAAAUAAAAAGAUAGAUUUAAGAACAUAUUUUUAAAGAAACCCUUGUUUCUAAAAAAUGUUUCACACUUGUGCUAAAUAAAUUGAGUUAAUGCGGCACCGGUGGGUGGUAAGAAAAUUUUACCAUCAAAAAAAGAUACAUAAGUGGGCUGUAGGUAUUAAAAAGCUGGCUACCCUUGCUCUAGAGCUAGGCAUUACUACUACUGUAGUUUAAUUUAAUGAUUACACUCGGGUGCUAGCUCCCAGUUUUUUGUCCAACCAUUUAGAAAUGGGGAAAAACUAAAUUGCAAAAUACAAGGUAAAUAAAACAUUUUUAUUCUCUAGUUUGCUCUUAUAUUUUGCAAUGCAGUAGCCAAUUCACUGUUUAGUGAACAAACAGGCGCCCACUUAUCUGUUUCAAGUGCUUUAAGGUAUACAUUUAGUGCCAUCAGUAAACCUAGGCAAAUAGUGUAAUAUAUAAUGAGGAGAAGGUAGAGUCUGCAUAGAAAAUAUAGCCGUAUAACAUGCACGAAUUAUAAAAUCUCUCCUUUCAGAAAUAGCCCAUAAAACACACUGCUUAGUUGUUAUAACAACUCUGACAGGCUAUGGAAGCAGCUCGCUUAGUUAACAACCAUACUCAAUUUCAUACAAACAUUUCAACCUACACAGCAGAGUAAACAUUGAUCAGGUGAAUGUUUUGUCCAAUGGGAGAAAAGGUCUUGUGAUCUGCACUGAUACAUCGUUCCUGGGUCCUAACUGGUUCUUUUAGAAUCACCAGGAAGCAGGAAGUGGUUUUGGGUUUCCAAGUUAUUGUUAGUCAAUCCAGAGCAUUCUUAGUGUGCGGGUAUGUCAUGCCGUUUGAUAAAUAUUGAAGCUUUUUAUUGCAUGUACUGUCUGAAAUUUAGAGCACACUUGUUUAAAAUCGUCCUUGUUCGUGUCUGCAAUGUUUAUUUUCGAUAUUUCCUGUUUUUUCCAUGAUAACAUAACAUAUAACAGGCUAUGUACACAGUCAUACAGGGCCCAUGGGUGUGUUUUUUUUGUUUUAAGAAAACUGGGUGUGUUGACUAAUCGGUUUAUUAAAAGCAAAACUUGCUAAAAAUAGGUCAUUAUAAGCUAUGCAGGUAUCUUAGCCAGAAACAAGCAUAUCUGAAUUUCAGUUCAUUACAAUUGACUGUUUAGUAAAUAAAUCCCUAAUGAUACUUAUAAACCUUAGCCUUCAGAUCCAUUGGCUUUACAUUCCAAGGAAAUGCAGUGGUGGGGAAAAAGGAACACUCUAAGAUUCAUAACCGCUACAGCUCGCAAAACGGUUGUGGUGCUAGGAGUGCCAUGAGUACCCUAUUGUAGGUUAGUCAAACCAUUUUAAAUAGCUUGAUUUCUUACCUGGGAUCUGCCAAGCGCUGCUCCUUGCCUCUACUAAUGCUAGAGAACCGUAAGCUCCUAAGCAGAAGCUCUUGUUAGCUAACAUUAGCUGACAGACAAUAUUCUGUUCGUCAAGCUGAAGUGGUUUUGAUGCUUAGAAUGACCCUUUAGGAUGCAAGAUGGUUUCCUAUAUGUCUGACCAGAGGCUGUUGAGACCCAACAUAUAUAUUGCUGCAUAGAAUUAUUCCAUAAAGUUUAAUUUUGCCAUGUUUUACACAUUAUAAUUUGUUUUAGUCUAGGUGUCAAACAUGCCUUCUCGCGACACCAGUUUUUCUGGCUCCUCUAGACUUUCUCUGGAAAAUACUGCUCUUCGUGGAGGGAAAUCACUGACCCAGCCUCGUUGCAAACUAGCCCUUAAGCUUCCCGGUUCUGAAUGGCUGAACAUGUCUACCUUACGUCAGCCUUGCACUGAUGCUUAUGGAUCUCAGAAACUAUCUCUAGUGCCUUCCUGGGAAGAAAAGUCAUCUGACCUUACACAGUUUACCAAUCAAUCCUUGCUAAUUUCUAAACAUCCACUGUCAUGUAACCCUCUUCUUAAUUCUGAAAGUACUUUGACUUCCACUCAAUCUCUCAGAUCUAAGCUGUCUCUUUCCACUACAGCUACUGAUCUGACUUCUUCCAUUUUGACUACUAAACCUGCAUUGUCCUCACUUUCCUCAAAUCUGUCACUCCCCUCUAAGCUUGCAACAACAUCAAAUUCAUCUAUAUGUUCCAUACAUCCUGAUAACUUAGAUUCUUCCUUGACCUCUGUAUGUGUAACCACAGAGCUCUCUAAAUUGGUUUUGACACCACAGUCAACGUUAUCCUCUUCAACAGACACAAAAAAUAACUAUAAUCCAAGUAAGCAAAAUCUAGUGAAGUCCUUUCCAUCUGAUGCUACUUUGAACCCGAAAUCUACUUUAGGUGGCACCCAAGGAGAAUCAAGUGCCUUUGAAUCUGAAGGAGACAAGACUUCACUUGAGAGCCUUCCUUCUCUUGCUGAGCAAGCGCGACUGUAUGCCAAUGUACUUUCUGAGGUAUGUGUGCAUAAUGAAUUCAUCAAUGAUGGUAUUGGUUAAUUUGUGUUGGUACAUUGAUUUAUUUUUUUGUCCCCCAGAAUGUUGAGAUUUCAUCCUCAAAACAAUGCCAACCUGCACUCCUUGUAUCCAUGCCAAAAGACACAAUGCAUACUGUGAGGCAAGAAAGAACUACUUUAAACAGCCAACAGUCAGAAACAUAUCUUCACCAGAAGAAGGUCGGAUGUUUUUAUGUAUUGUUUGUUUUAAUAUCUUCCUUUUUUUAUCACAAAGUAAAGUAAGAUGGGAGAGCAUAGAAGCAGUUAUAAGUUAAAAAAUGCCUAAGAGCAGGGUGCCUCAAGUCAGGUGCCAACAGAUUGCAGGCAAAUUAUAUAUGGUCCCUUCCACAUACCUAUUUAAAAUAUAUUUUUUUAUAAUCAUAAGCCUGCACAUUUACACACCAAUAUCUUCCUGGUUGAUAUGAUCUUCUUCUAUAUGUGUUGUAUUAAGACAUUAUAAGUCAACAUAUACAGUCAUGGGAAAAAGAAAGUACACCAUCUUCGAAUUAUAUGGUUUUACAUAUCCAGACAUAAUACCAAUCAUCUGUUCCAUAGCAGGUCUUAAAAUUAGGUAAAUAGUGGAUGCGCCAGCAAGGUCAGAUGUUGCAAUGCUCCGAGAAAUAGCAAAAAUCCCAAGAGUUACAUCUCAGACUCUACAGACCUCAAUUAGCAUGUUAAAGUUCAUGAUUGUAUAGUUAGAAAAAGACUAAACAACAAAUAUGGAUUGGAAGGGUUGUCUGGACAAAGCCUCUCUUCUCUAAAAAGAACAUUACAGCACAGCUUAGGUUUGUAAGGUUUCAUCUGAACAAACCAGAAGACUUCUGAAAUAAUGUCCUUUGGACAGAAUUGGCCAAAGUGGAAAAGAUUGGCCAUGAUGCACAGCGCCACGUUUGGCGAAAACCAAACACAGAAUAUUAGCACAACCCCUCAUACAAAGGUGGAAGGGUGAUGAUUUUGUUUUGCAGCCACAGGACUUGGGGCCUUGCAGUCAUUGAGUCGACCAUGAACUCCAGUGUAUACCAGAGUAUUCUAGAAUAAAAUCAGAGGUCAUCUGUCUGACAGCUAAAGCUUGGCAAAAAUUCGGUCAUGCAACAGGACCAUGAUCCCAAAUACACCAGCAAAUCUACAACAGAAUAGCUAAAAAAGAAAAGAAUCAAGGUGUUGCAAUUGCCCAGUCAAAGUCCAGACCUCAACCCGAUUGAAGUGUUGUGGCAGGACCUUAAAAGAGCUAUGCAUAAACAAAUGCCUGCAAACCUCAAUAAACUAAAGCAAAAUUGUAGAAGAGUGUGUCAAAUUCCUCCACAACGAUGUUAGACUGAUAAAGUCAUACAAAAAAAAAAUUAUUUUAACUUAUUGUUGCUAACUGUUCUACAAGCUAUUGAAUCAUAAGGUGUACUUAGUUUUUCACACAUGGCUUCUCCAUUUUGGCUUAAUUUUUGAUAAAUAAUGACACUGUGUUAUAUGUCAUGUGUUGUUGUUCAUCUAAAGUUGUAUUUACCUAAUUUUAAGACCUGCUAUGGAACAGAUAAUUGGUAUUAUGUCUGGGUGAACUUUAUUUUUUCCCAUGACUGUAUGUGUGUAAAUAACUAAACCAAUAGAAAAACCGAUAUGUGUACACAUGUGAUAUGCUGGAAAGUGGCACUGUUUGUAAAGUGAAGAUUACAAUGGUCUUUGCAUUUCUCAGAUGGCUUUGGUAUCUGCUGCUUGCUGCUCAUUAGUAAAUGGACCCAAGUUCUCAGAUAGCUCAGAUCUGACUCGGGCCGAAAUAUGGAGCUUAUGUGAGGAGAUGGCAAAGUUGGAUCCAGAGUUUGUACUCAAGGUGAGACAAGAUGUUGUCCAAUUAUGUAUGGGAGAGUUUACAAUAUAACUCGAAUAUUUGAGUGAUUGGAGGCUCAGUUUCUCACUGAUGAACCUGGUUUGUAUACAUUAGCAUUCAGAUUAUUAAAAUGUUGAUGUUCAUUUAUUAAAAUGUACUGGUUUGUCAUAAAAUGAAAGUAAUAUGGGACCCUAAUGUUGCAUGAUUGAAUAGACACAUGUUUAAGCAUGAUGUAGAAUAUACAGAUUAUGCAUUGGAUUUAAGAAAGUUUUCCUCCUGGUUUUGAUGAUAGCUUGACUGCCUAACAAUUGAACUUAAAAUUGAGAAGGUUGUAAUUAGGAAGCAUAAUGUGGAAAGUUAGGAGAGGGUCGCAUCUUCAUGUGUAAUCCAUAAAAAUAAUUGAUGUCUAAGGAAUCAUUAUUUUUUUUAAAUUAAUUAUUAUUUUUUUAUACAACCAGGAAGCAAUAGAAGAGAGAGAACCAGUCUGCCAUCAGAUUGGUUUCUCCUGGUAGAUGUUCCAUCAUCAAUGUGAUAUUGCGUGGUAGGCAAUAGUUGAAGAUUUCCUUUGUGAGGUCCGUCAGUGUCUCAGAACGAGUGCCACCUAAGUGGCUGAUGUAACGAACUGCGGAGACAUUGUCUAUAUAUAGAAAUGUAGUGUAAAAUACACCACCUAGUGGAGCGCUAAUACAAAUAUAAGUGAUAGAGGGGUUCACUUAGCCUAAACAUUUUGUGUUGUCUUAAAUUCAGGAAUAUGCUUUUGAACAUACAAUGAAGGGAAAAAAAGAGAUAAAAAAAAAAAAAAAACAUAGUGUAGAUGUUUUUUGUGAAAAUGAGUGAUGAAAGUAAUGGUCUGGAGCCUAUAUGAUAUUGGCUCUGUACGUAAACCUAUGUGCUCUUUGGGCAGCAACACAUCCCUUCCUCUGAGAUGUACCUCCACAACGACAAGAAAACAAAAGGAGAAAGAGACCCAAUGGGGGGGUAUAUGUGCAAACAGGCAGAUAGGUGGUAAAUGUUAUGCUCACCUAGUUGAGAGCCUUAAAAUCCUGGCUUUGAGGGUGGUCAGCGAUGUGCCAGUAUGAAGGGAUGGCACUUCCCUGUAAAGAUUCCCAGAGGCUCCAAGGACUUCAAUGGAUAAAGAAAAUGUAUUGAUUCCAAAUAAAAAGUAAAUAUAAAACCAGAAUUUUGAGUAUUAAAAUUGUAAAUGUCCAAAUCAGCCAAAACAUGUUUCACUCGUCGACUUUUCUCGAGACCAUGAAGCCGAGGGAUUCCAACACGGUCACUGUGGAAGCUGUAGUUGAACGUAGUUGGUUGUGGUUCUGGUCGAAGAGUAGAAUGUCGUCCAGGUAAAUCAGGCAUCUUAUGAAAAAUAAGAGAACAGGCGAAUGCGAGCACACGAAAGUGUGUGAACGCAGAAGCCUGACAGGCAGGAAAUCUCAACAGCGCCACACGCCCUCCCAUGCCCUCCCUGAGGAGAGUGUGUGGCGGCGGGAGAGUGCCUGUGGAGUGACAAGCAUAGCCACAAGGAGAACAGGGUAGUGGGGGGACAGAAAAAAGAGCUGGUAGAAGAGGACAAUCCUCAAAUUCUAUACCAUACUAAACGAAACCAGCGUCUCCACUAUCAGAAAAUUGAACAUAAAUACAUAUGCAGUAUGAAAAAUAAAGAAAUCAAUCAAUAUAAAUAAGUAUAACAAGACAAGCCAACAGAGUAUAGACACACAAUAUUCUGACGUGACAUGUUUUGGAGCAGCAAAGAAAGAGGAAGUGACUCAGUGGGAGGUGUAUCUUAUACUCUCUGCUUGUCUUUGAUUGGUUCCUUUUUUUCUAAAUGUCUUUGCUGCUAUGGAGUAGUAAAGGAAGUUAAUGCAAAAUAUGAAGCCUCCUGUCAUGUAAUAAAAUUUAUUAUUUUUGGCAUUUAUGUAGCGUCCACUUAUUCUGCAGCGUUUUACAAUAAUAUAAAGGAGGAAACUAAACCGUAAUUGAGACCAUUACAAAAUGUUACAGGAAGAAUAAGCUGAUAAAGACCAUGCUCAAAAGAUUAGAAGAUUUAAUUCUGAAGUGAAAUUAAAUUGUAUAAGGAAAUUCAAUGGUUAAUUUCUGAGUGCUCCAAAGUUAUAUAUGUGUAUGUGGGGCUGUGUCUUAGGUAUUUAAACAUUGCGUGUAAAGGUUAAAAUAAGGCAGUUCAGAAAGCAUCCACAGGAGAUGCAAAACACUUCCAGCUUCUUUUGGUAUGUGGUGCUCCCCAUGUGUAGUAAGUAUACAACUUUAUAUACUGUUGUCUGCCUAACUUUUAUAUCAAAAUUUUGUGAUAGUGAAUAAAGAGGUUGAUUUUUAGAUCUACCUGCUGCCAGUCUCUUCAAUAGGUUAUUAUUUUAUUGAUUUUUGCAGAUUUUUAAGCAUACUUUUGUAUGACUAUUUUUUUUUAAAUCUUUGCAGGUUGCCCUCUACACUCGGCAAGAACUUAACAUUCGCAGCACUGCAAACUUCAUGCUGGCAGUGUCUGCUCUGCUUCCUGCAUGCCGUCCAUAUUUGCGCAGGUAUUUCUGUGCUUCUGUUCAGCUUCCAUCUGACUGGAUGGAGGUACCACGGCUGUAUCAGGUGUGUUACCAAGAAAGGAUGUAUACAACCCUAAGUGAUAUAUUUUAGGUUUAACAGCAAUGACUGAUUUUUAACUUGAUAUAUGUGCUGGGACAUAAAGAAAAUUUAAGAUACGAUGUGUUCAGUGUCAACAUCAUACUUAUCCCUUACAGAGUUUGGCUGGAACAAUUAAGAUGGCUCCCUUGCCUGCCUGCCUUCGCCGAGCUAUGACCAUUAAAUUCAAGGAAUUCAGUGAAUAUCAAUUGGCUAAAUACAACACACGCAGACAACGUGGGAAAUCUAAUCAUAAGAAGCGAGACAACCGGACACUGAAUGUGAGCAAAUGUUUUUGACAAUCUCCAUCGUAACUUUGCCUUAGACCUUUAUGGACCAAUAUUAUUCUAUGUCAGAACAUUUGUUCUUUAGAUAUCCUACCUCAGAAUGGGAUGUCUUACUUAUAAUGUAAGCAGGGUUCAAUAGAACGUCUUAUAGUAAAUAAGUAGGACAUAGCAUGAGGAAAUAAUACUGAACUGUCUGGUCCUAUCCCUUGGCUUAUUAAUUAUGGCUCCUAAAUAGCUGUGGGAACAAUUGAGCAAGUAUAGCAUUAUUUCAUAAUGACAUAAUUAGCUGUAAAUAAAGUAUGUAAUGGUCUGCACCAACCUACCUCGUCAGCAAGCGUGCUGACGCUCAAAACAGACCUGGCCUCCAGUGUUCUGAAAUGCAUUUCUGGCAUUCAAAUUUUAGAUUGUGAUAAUGGUAUAGAUUUUACUGAUCCCAAAGGUUAACAAUUUAUUAAACACUAUCUGGUAUGUAUGAGGAUAUGAUGGGAACUUGAACACACAUGCAAUAUCCUUUUUUUUUGAAGGGCUGAGAUGGAACCACAGUCCUGUGCUAUAACUGGCACAAUCAGCACUACAAGUAGAAAGCUGUUCAUGUGCUAUUAUUAUUGGAAUUUACAGUGCCUUGCAAACAUAUUCACCCCCCUUGAAUUUUUACCUAUUUUGUUACAUUACAGCCUUAAAUUCAAUGUUUUAUUAACCUGAAUAUUAUGUGAUGGAUCAGAACUCAAUAGUCUAAGUUGGUGAAGUGAAAAGAGAAACAUAUAUACAUUAAACUAUUUUUUUUUUUUUUUUUUUAGACAAUUUUUUUAUUGGUUUUCAAGUAUAUGGGGUACAGAAGAGAGAAGGGAGUUAUAGGGGUAACAAUGGAAAAAAUGCAGACAAUAUGGUGAUGCCCAAGAGUUGUUGGCAAGAUUAUCGACAGUGACAUUCUGGGUUUUGUAGGCAGACUAUAUCCAUAACAUCAUUACGCCUAAUACAUGUAUAAGUAAGGUUACAUAGUAUAGUUUUACACUCUCGUAACGUCUGCCUGUUGUUAGGCGUUUGUGGGCAAAGCAGUCUGGUUUAGAAGGAGGGUUGGUUCUCUAUGUAUGGUGUUGCGUAUCGGUACAGUCUGUUAGGCCAUACAUAACGGUCUUAGGGUGGGUUUUGGGGAUUUGUGGCUUGGUUGUAUAAUUGUGUCCACUGUUUCCACGUUGAGUGGAACUGCUGUGAUUCUAUACUAUGGGUCAUCGUAAUUCGUUCAUAGACGUGGUAUUGUUGAAUCUUGUCCCAUAGUUGUAAUUUAGAUGGGCAUAUGUGCGACUUCCAGUUCGUUGCUAGAAGGUUCCUGGCCGCUAAUAAUGUGAUGGCACAUACCUGUCUGUGUUCUCUAGCGAGAUCACUGGGGAGCAUAAGCAUGAGGUAUGCAGGCUUGGCAGUAAGUUUGCUAUGCCCAGCCCACCCAGCAGUCUCCUAACCUCCGUCCAGAGGGGUUGAAUCACCGGGCAUGUCCACCAUAUGUGAAGAAAUGUACCAGUGUCUCUUGAACACCUCCAGCAUGUUGGUAAUACACUGGGGUAUAUUUUAUGCAACCGAAUUGGCGUCAUAUACCACCUAUAGAGUAGCUUCCUAUGGGCUUCUAUGUGCGUGUAACAUCUAGUGAGUUUUGAGAGGCUAUUUAGGGCUCUUACCCAAUCUUCCUCUGAGAGUUGAAGGGAGCAGUCUUCCUCCCAUUUAGUCCUACAGAGGGGGAUGUGCUGUGGUAAUGUGGUUUCCCACAUUUUGUAACAGAGGGAGAUGGCUUUUGGUUUGCUUGGUGUGGCCCAACAUCUGUCUAGGAUCCCGCCCACUAAUAGCGAUUGCUCCUGAGUACUGUUGUGCAGGUUCACAUGAGUCAUUAUGGUCCCUUUGAGUCUUAGGUAGGUAGAUACUUCACUCAUCGGUAGGUGCCAUUUGGCCUGUAUAUCCGCAAAUGCUAUUACACCCUUAUUGUCUAAUAGGUGUUGAACGUUGGUGAUUCCUGCCUUAGCCCACCUUGUUAGAGGGAGGUCGGGGGAUGCGGUUCCUAAUGCAGUCAGUGGUGCCCGGGUAUGGAAGGAGAGUUUACACCCCAUUGUGGCCAUGAAUGUGUCCCAUACGUUAAGCGUCAGAGACGUUGUGUGAAAUAGGUCUAGUUUAGGCGUCCAUAGGACGUCAACUAUAUUUAAUGCUUGUAGUUGGGCAUUCUCCAUAUCUACCCAGUUGAUGUCCCCUUUAGGAGAGUGUAGCAUUAUGCCAGCUGUUAACGCUGUCGCCUUAUAAUAUUGGUUAAUGUUUGGUAGUCCCACUCCACCCUGUUUGACCUGGGUAUACAGAAGUCUAUUAGGGAUCCUGGGCUUUUUAUUGUCCCAUAUAAAGGUGUUGCAUGUGUUUUGUAGGCUCUUUAGCAGAAGUUGUGAUACUUUGAGAGGGAGCAUACGGAAAACAUAAAGAAUUUUGGGUAGUAUAGACAUUUUGAAGGCAUUAAUCCUUCCUAGCCAGGAUAGGUGCGUGUGUUUCCAUUUUAGGGUUUCCGCCCUGCACAUGUGUGGUAAGGGUAGGUAGUUUAAUUUUACAAUUUUAGCUAUGGAUGUUGCGAUUUUGACUCCUAAUUAUGUAAGAGAGGAGAGUCUCCAGUCAAAUUGAUGUUGUCGUUGUAGUGUCUGUGUGCGUCCCAGUGGUAGGUUAACCGUCAGUGCUUGAGUUUUAUCUUGAUUAAGUUUAUAGUGGGAAACUAAGCCAAAGUCGGUAAGGGUGUUCAUUAGGUGUGGUAAGGACUUCUCCGGGUCUGUCAAUGACACCAAAACGUCAUCGGCAAACAAUGCCAAUUUGUGUUCCUGGCCUGUCACGGUAACUCCUCUUAUGUCAGAACUCGUACGAAUCUUAAGCACCAGAGGUUCCAAUGAUAGGAUGUAGAGGAGGGGGGACAGGGGGCAGCCUUGGCGCGUCCCAUUAGUGAUGGAGAAUUUGUCAGAUGUGAAACCUCCAUUGGAGACCUUAGCCGCGGGUGCGCUAUAUAGUGCUUCUAUCCCCCUAAUCAUUUCGGGCGGGAAUCCAUACCUCCCCAAGACUUCAGACAUGUACUUCCAAUUGAGGCGGUCGAAGGCUUUCUCUGCAUCUAGUGCCAGGAGAAGGCCCCCUGUGCUAUUUUUUUCCAUAUGUGUCAGUAUGUUGAGGAUCCGUCUGGUGUUGUCCGAACCCUGCCGCCCCCUGACAAACCCUGACUGGUCGUUGUGUACUAAGUGUCUGAGGAGUGGUGCUAUUCUGUUACUAAGUAUCUUGGCAUAGAUUUUAGCAUCCCCAUUUAGUAAGGAGAUGGGUCUGAAAUUCUUAGUGUGUCGGUGGUUUCCCUGGCUUGGGGAGGGUGGAUAUAUGUGCCAGGAGUACUUCUGCCGGUAGGGCUCCUCUGUCAUUGCUCUGUCUGUACAGUUUCAACAAGUGUGGGGAAAGAGUAUUCACGAACAAUUUGUAAUAGGCAUUGGUGAGACCGUCGGGUCCAGGUGAUUUGUCAAUGGGUAAUUUUUUGAUCACCGAAGUGAUCUCCUCUAAGGAAAUAGGCUGUCGUAAUGACUGUAUUGCGGUCGGUGUCAGGGAGGGUAAGCAAAGGUUCUGUAGGAAUCCGUCUAUGUCCGCUACGGUCGGGACCUUAUUAGCACCAUCGUCACGUAGGUUGUACAGCUGACGGUAGUAAUCUGCAAACAUAUUAACAAUUUCCCGUGGAUCAAUGAUUUUGUGACCCUUUCCAUCUUUGAGGUAGGCAAUCCUGGAGGCGAUCGUUUUUUGUUUCAAUUGCGCUGCUAGUUUAGCGCCAGCUCCAUUCCCUGCCGCGAAGAAUUUGUGUUUUGAUUUUCGUAAGAGGUGGGUUGUUUUGGUUAAUUCUAUAUCUCGUAAUUGUGUUUGUAAGCUCAAAAGCUUCCGUUGUAGCUCUGGGGUGGGUCCGUGUUUGUUACUGUGGGUGAUGUGUUUGAUCUCAUUGAUAAGGGCUAGAUAUUGUGCCUUUUGCGUCUUGCAGGCAUGGCUGGCGUGCUUUAUGAAGCUGCCUCUAAUAACUGCCUUGUGGGCUAGCCAGACAUAGUCCGGGUCAAUGUUCUAUCUUUGUCCGCAAAGUAGUUUUGCAGGUCCCGUGUGACUUGCUGGACUAUAUGUGUGUUCGUCAACAAAGUGUUGUUUAACCUCCAAGUCAUCUGGCCAGUCUGAGGGACCCGGUCCUUGAGUGUUAACGUGAUCGGUGCGUGGUCGGACCAUGUGAUAUCCCCGAUGGUAGUGUCUAGUAUCUUAAGGAGGGAAGUAGAUCUAACCAGGAACCUAUCUAUUCUGGAGUAGCUAUUGUGUACCGCCGUAUGGCAUGUGUAGUCAGAUUCAUUGGGGUGUGUCAUUCUCCAAGGGUCUACGUAAUCAUGUGUUGCUAGGAUAUCGCAUAUGUUGUGCGAUUGUGCGAGCCGUCUCCUAGAGGUGUUGGGUGCUAUUGUAUGUGAGGCAGAGGAGUUUUUAAUGCUAUCCAGAAGAAAGUUGGUGUCGCCUCCAAGUAUUACCUCCCCAAAGCUGUACAUAUUCAACAAGGCAAAUAUUCAGUGCAGAAACACUUCUUGGUUAUCAUUGGGCCCAUAUAUAUUCAUUAAUGUAAAGGGGUUGUUGUUAAGAUGGCACUGAAUGAUGAGAUAUCUACCUUUCUUAUCGCUGAUCUUGCGGACCAGCUCGAAGGUGAAGUUUCUACUUAUUAAAAUGGAGACUCCUCUUUUUUUUGUGGAGCAGCAGGAGUGGUGAUCAAUAGGGAACCAGGGGGAGUUAAAUAUGGGCCGUGAGCCUCAUUUAAAAUGGGUUUCCUGGAAGAAAGCUACCUGCGCCUUAUAUUUUUUGGCUUCUAAAAGUGCCAAUCGUCGUCUAUGGGGCGUGUUCAGCCCUUUGGCGUUGAGAGAAAGUACAGUGAUCGACAUCACUCCAGCUAUAGUUAGGUGGGUGGGAAUGUAUAUGGCUAUGCCGUACUACCCAGCCCCUUUUGUCACCUUACUUCGUCGAUAUCGUGGGUAGGGUUGGGAGGGGUGUGGUAGGGUAUCAACGUACAACAGUACAACUUGAACUAUAUACAAAACCCGUUAGCCGGGUGGCUUAACGCAGAGGUCUGCCGAUGGGUAAUGAAGUGGCUUACUAAGUAAGCCGUGUGGGGCGCUGUGGGCGCUGAUGGGAGGUACCUGUUACGAUUUUUCUAUUUUAUGUAUGUUUUUUUUUUUUUUUUGGGUUAGGUUACUCUGAAUUGCCGUCAACAACCGGACGUAACGCUAUACGUGUGCGUCACCCUGCUGGUACACCGUACAGGUGAUACUUCUUAACGGUACAAUUAGAUAUAGGAAAAGGGAAUAACAGUGCCAAUCAAUUAACGUAAACAAUAAAGCGGUUCGCCGCCUGUGUGGGCUCUCGGCUGUGAGACACAUUGCAAGUGAAGACAGCUACGAGGGUGCACCGGGGGGAGCCAAUCGUACAGUUCUUGUGUAGGAUACAUAUCUGUGUUCCAUCAGUGUUGUUCGGUAUCCUUGGGACUCGUGUGGUGAGGUGGAGUCGUCGUUGAGCCCGCCGCGUGCCAUGGGAUAGGUCGGUAGUCCCGGGGUUGCUUUCUGGGUGGUGAAGUUGCUGGCGAACGUGCGUUGUCAAGUCGAGCCAUUGGGAUGUUCCACUCUCUGAGCAGUUUUGCGCCGUCUCGUGGAGUAAAGAUUACUAAGUCCACUCCGUUCCGUUUUAGUAGUAUUUUCGUGGGAUAUCCCCAUUUGUACGGGAUAGCUGCAUUCCUGAGCGCUACGGUGAUAGGUGCAAAUGCUCGUCUCUUGGUCAUGGUUGCCGCGGACAGGUCAAUGAACAUUUUGACAUCAGCGAACGGCUUUGGCAAUGGUGGGUUGGUUCUGGAUGCCUGCAUUAGGCGGUCUUUGACCUCAAAGUAAUGUAUUCUUGUGAUUACAUCCCUCGGCGUAGUUGGGGGUAAGUGCUUCGGCAAUCUGUGAGUGCGAUCUAGACGCAGAUCUGAGGUCUCCAGUGCCGGAAUGAGCGCCUUAAACAUAUCCUUAACGAAUGUGGCCAGGUCUUGAGGGCCCACUGCUUCAGGGACACCUCGCAGUCGUAUGUUAUUCCUUCUAUCUCUGUCCUCGUUAUCUGCGAUUUUGCUUUCUAGAAAGUGUACUUUUCGCUGCAGUGUCGUGUGCGCUUCUGCCAGCUCGUUAUGAGCCUCUCUCAGCCCCUCCGUUGCCUCCUCCAAGUGUGCUGUUCUGUCCCCCAGGGCCUGAAUAUCCACCCGGACGUCCGCCGCUAUCUUGGAAAAGUCCGACCUGAGGUUGGUCUGGAGCGUCUGUAGCAUGCUACUCAACGAGGCAUCAGUGGCUAGAUGAGUGUUGGGGAUACCAGGGGGGUCUAGGCUUUUUCCACUCUCGCGGUCCGAGGCGGGAUAUUGCGCUCCGUCGGCGCCAUCUUGGUUACCGUUAUUCCCCAUCGUUAGGUGAGAGUGCAGUGUUUUCUGUUUCAGCUUCUUGGACGAUUUGGUAGUCAUGUCCUCCCCUGUGCCCUCGCCAGCUUGUGGGAAAGGUAUUGGGUGAGUAUCGCUGGCAUCCACGCUGUGUUAGCCCACGGAAUGGCGGAGCUCUCAGAUUAUGCGACUGCUUCCAUACGGAGUUAGGCCACGCCCCCCCACAUUAAACUAUUUUUUAGAAAUAGAAAGCAGAAAACUGGCAUGUGCAUUUGUAUUCACCCCUUUUGUUAUGAAGCCCAUAAAAAGCUCUGGUGCAACCAAUUACCUUCAGAAGUCACAUAAUUAGUGAAAUGAUGUCCGCCUGUGUGCAAUCUAAGUGUCACAUGAUCUGUCAUUACAUAUACACACCUUUUUUGAAAGGCCCCAGAGGCUGCAACACCUAAGCAAGAGACACCAUUAACCAAACACUGCCAUGAAGACCGAGGAACUCUCCAAACAAGUAAGGGACAAUGUUGUUGAGAAGUUCAAGUCAGGGUUCGGUUAUAAAAAAAUAUCCAAAUCUUUGAUGAUCCCCAGGAGAACCAUCAAAUCUAUCAUAACCAAGUGGAAAUAACAUGGCACAACAGCAAACCUAUCAAGAGACUGGCUGCUCACCAAAACUCACGGACCGGACAAGGAAGGCAUUAAUCAGAGAGGGAGCACAGAGACCUAAGGUAACCCUGGAGGAGCUGCAGAGUUCCACAGCAGAGACUGGAGUAUCUCUACAUAGGACGACGACAAGCCGUAUGCUCCAUAGAGUUGGGCUUUAUGGCAGAGUGGCCAGAAGAAAGCCAUUACUUUCAGCAAAAAACUAAAUGGCAUGUUUUAAGUUUGCAAAAAGGCAUGUGGGAGAGGAAUAGGCAAAAAUCCUAGUGGUAAGAUGUGGCAAGCUCGUAGACUUAUCCAAAGCGACUUGGAGCUGUGAUUGCAGCAAAAGGUGGCUCUACAAAGUAUUGACUUUAGGGGGGUGAAUAGUUAUGCACAUUGACUUUUUCUGUUAUUUUGUCCUAUUUGUUAUUUGCUUCACAAUUUAAAAAAAAAAAAAAAUCUUCAAGUUGUGGGCAUGUUCUGUAAAUUAAAUGGUGCAAUUCCUCAAACAAUCCAUGUUAAUUCCAGGUUGUGAGGCAACAAAACACGAAAAAUGUCAAGGGGGCUGAAUACUUUUGGGGCACUGUAUAUAGGUCCAACCGAUUCUGCAGCGCUUUACAAUAUUAUUAAAGGACCACUAUAGGCACCCAGACCACUUCAGCUUAAUGAAGUGGUCUGGGUGCCUGGUCCAGCUAGGUUUAACUCUUUUUUCUAUAAACAUAGCAUUUUUGUAUAAACAUAGCAUUCUAUAAACAGCUAUGUUUAUACUAGGGUUAAUCGAGCCUCUAGUGGCUGUCUCAUUGACAGCCGCUAGAGGCGCUUGCGUGCUUCUCACUGUGAAAAUCAUGUGAAUUGUGAAUGCUUUCCGAUGAGACUGGCUGAAUGCGCGCGCAUUCAGCGGAGUAGGAGGCGAGGAGGCGGAGAGCUCCCCGCCCGGCGCUGGAGAAAGAGGUACGUUUAACCCCUUCCACUCCCUAGAGCCCGGCAGGAGGGGGACUCUGAGGGUGGGGGGACCCUCAGGGCACUAUAGUGCCAGGAAAACAAGUAUGUUUUCCUGGCACUAUAGUGGUCCUUUAAGAAAACUUAAACAACAAAUGUAACAAACUAUGACAAGUUUUGACAGGAACAUUAUGUUAAGGACCCUGCUCAAACAAGCUUGCAUUGCUUACUGUGAGUCAUAACAAAGUAAUUUUUUACUUGUAAAUGGCAGGGAAUUUAUCAGUGAGACUGCAGGGACAUCAUUAAGCUAAAGUUAUUUGUGUUUAGAGAAUUCCAGUUUAAACUCCUUUAUUCCAGUUCAAGGACAGUCUCCUCACUCAACCUGGUCCCCAUCUGAUGAAGUUAUCACUGAUAACUCGUGUCCAAUUGAAAAGAAUUGGGACACACAGUGCAUGCAUGGCAUUUGCCAUGGUCUGCCAACAGUGCUUCUGUUCAAGAAAGUGAGCAGGAACUUAUUCUUUAUUCCUUCCUUCCUUCCUAGCUUUCUGGUUAACAGUCCAGAUGUUGUACAAGUGGAACUUUUAUAAACUAGUAUAGCUAACCCUUAAAGCAGCCCCGUUACCAAAAAAAAACCUCUUCUGUAUAGUUUAUUGAGUGUCUGAGUAUGUUUUUUUGAUUGCUGACGUUUUCAUAAAAUACACAAGGAAAAGUUAUUUUAUGUCUAGUGGUCAAAUUGACAUAAUGUAAAAAUAGAUGGGUCUUAAAGGGACACUAUAGUCAUCAAAACAACUUUAGCUUAAUGAAGCAGUGUGGGUGUAUAUUUCAUACCCCUGCAGUCUCACUGCUCAAUUCUCUGCCGUUCAGGACUUACAUUUCUUUGUUUAUGCAGCCCUGGUCACACCUCUGUACUUACACAGCCUUCCUAAACACUUCCUGUGAAGUCAUCUGAUGUUUACACUUCCUUUAUUACAAAUUUAGUUUAAUUUUGAAUUUCUUUCUCUUGCUCUGUGUAUAGCUUGCUAGACCCUACAGGAGCAGCUACCUGUAGGUAAUGAAAGUUUGAUGUACAGAACUUUUAAAGUUCGUUACAUUUGAUUGAAAAUUAAACCAUUUUUUUUUUCAUGCAGGCUGUGUCAGUUAUAGUCAGGGGAACUGUGGCUAGGGCUGUAUAAACAGAAACAAAAGUUAUUCAACUCCUAAAUGUCUGUGUAUAGAUCAUGCCACUACAGUCUCACUACUCAAUUCACUAACACUGCUUCAUUAAAAAAAAUUGUUUUGGUGACUUUAAUGUUCCUUUAAAGCAAGGUUCUAUUUAAUUUGCCGAUCAAAAUUAAUCACAAUCCAUAAGUAAAAUCAAUCCCACAUAAUGGCAACCUGCAGACCUCAUUGGCAGAGGAGAAUAAAAUGGCCACGCCCAAACAUUGAGAUCCGAUACAAAGCAGAAAAGAUGAUAAAUAUCAAUAAAGGCAAGUGGCAAGGAGGGAGGAAUAUAAUCAUAAACAUACAGCAGAUAAAAGGAAAGGAAAUACAAAAGAAUAACAAAAUUGCAGGGCUUAUUUUGGAGACUGGAGUGUCCUUUUUUAGAACUUGUUGUGGAGUCAAACUUUUUUCAUAGGAUAUCAUCCCACAAACUUUUAUUCUCAGGUUCCCAGACAGGUGAAAGUGGGAAAAUCCUUGAGAUUUUUGGAAUCCUCUUUAAACGCUCUCCAACAGAAGGUGAGUGAAUUAUUAAGGAAGUUAAACAUUUGUCUAAACAUGGCAUAACGAUCAUACAAGCAUUAGCAAUAACGUAAUUUACGUUUUCCUCCUAUUGCAGUUUGAUACUUCUCCUCCACCUUGUUGUAGUAAGAAAACUAAAGAUAAUGUUUCUCUCAAGAGUUUGAUUCAGAGGUUGCACAUCUCCAAGCCAGCUAACUAUGUCAUGAGCCUCCUUGGUUGCAAGUAUGUCAUUCUGUCUGUCUCGUGUGUGUGUGUGUGUGUGUGUGUGUGUGUGUUUUUUAUUUUUUUAUUUUUUUUUAUUCAUGCCCACCCGAAGUCAUCAUACUUUAACAAAGAAGUCUCUGUUUUAUUACUAGGUAUCCUAAGGACCUAGAAUCCUUCUCUCGUAGUGGUCUUGAGGGACCCUGGCAGCCCCAGCUUGCAGGUUGUAGAAUGAAACUUAAGCAGCCUGAGACAUGGGAGAGAGAACUGAGCCAGAAGGGGAACACAGGACCAGUAUGGGAAAUGUUACUGGGUGAGUGGCAGUUUGAAGACUUCAGUAGAAAGAAUAAGUUCAGAUAAAGGACAUGAUAUUUACAUUGUUUGUAAAUAAAAUUAAAAAAAAAACUCUGCAAAUGUUUAGCUAUUACCAUGCUCUUUCAUCUUUUAUACAGACAACAACCAGGUUCCCUUCAUGGCAUUACUAAGAAAUCUACGAAGCUUAAUCCGGGCAGGUAUCGGUGAUAAAUAUCAUAAGCAAGUGACAUCCCGCCUCUCCAACCAGGUAUCGGAGUCAAACAUAUUUUCUGACCGAUGUUCUUUUUGACAUGUCUUUUUCUCCUUGGCAAAUAUAAUCAGUUAUCAGAUAUGCUCUUGUCAUUGAGGAGCUACCUCAAAGGAAAAGCAUAAAAAUGACCAAGUGAAGAAUAAACUUCAUAGUAAUGCAUAAAAAAAUCUACCCUACCUACGGUACUACCAGUAAUAUUUUCUGAAAACGUUCUAUUACUUCAUGAGUAUCAAAAGCAUCUCUGUGUUACCUGCCUAGCCUGACUUGCACUCUGCAUCCUACCUUGCUUAGUAAACCUGUCAGCAGUACACAAAUCUCUCUUGUUGUGGGGUCCUCAAGGCUUCCAUCAAAAUCAUGCCUGAACAAGGAACCUUCCAAUCUCCCCCACUCAAUGAGUGUAAGUUAGUUCCUCUGGAUCCACAAUAUACCAAACAGCAGAAAAAUGCAGCUGGUGGAGGAGCACAGAAAGGUUAAUAUAGAAGAUUGGAAACCUCUUCUUUCACUUCAUGUCGGAGGUGAAAAAUUAGGCCAUAGCCAUUGUUUCAUCUUCUCCACCCAUUGUUGCUUUCGGACAAGGCAAAAGAUUUAUAGCUAUGGUCUAUUCCUGUAGCUAUGAAACAGUUGUGGUUUCCCAAGAGGCCCUUGUGAUAAUUAUCUUUCCACCCCUAAUAUUGCUGGAUAUAACCUGUACCCAAACCUAUUCAAAUCAGUAGGACUAGUCUACCUUCACUGUGAAAUCAUGCCAUAUCACAAUAAUGAUAAAUAUCAUUCUUCAUGAUGAUAAGAAGACCACAAAGCCAUUAACAUGAUUUUGGUGGUAGAGGAGGUAAUCAUAACUUUUUUUUUUUUUGGUAAAUCGGUUUCCUUCAGAAAGAUUUGAUGAAACUGUAUUCUGUGCUUACCUUGUAGAAUGCUGUGAUUAAGAGCCGUCAGUUCCCAUUCCGGUUCCUCUCUGCCUACAAAGUAAUUCAACAUUUAGAUCUUCAGAGAUGCAAAACAGGUAAAUCGUAUUAAUCUCUGUAUAUUAAUCAGGUAAGUAAAUGUAUUCUAUAUUUCUGUCUCCAAAUUUUAAUGCAUGUGUUAACUGAAGUUUCUAUUGUCUGCUCCUACCAGCCUCAUAUCUUUUUAGUGGGCAAUAAGUUAUGAUGGUUAGUGUUUCAUGAGGUCUUUUUUUUAAUUUAUUUUUUUAUGUGUUACAUUGAUCAUUUUCUUUCUGUUUUCACAGAAACGCCAUUCCCAUCUAACAAGACCCUCCUCGAACGCAUCAUUAGGAGGGAAGGAAAAUUUGAUGCCCAGCUGAGAGGGCGGCACUUUCUUAGACGUCAUCUAAGAGCUUUUCUUGCAGUUCCUGCUUUGUACCAAAUGCUAAAAAGAGAAAAAGAAGCAGUGAGGAAGGCCAGGUAUGGAGGGGCAAGAGGAGCUUUUCAGCAAAGAAAAUUGAGAGAAAGUAUGGAUAGUUAAAAACUGCUCAUUUCCCUUUUAAUUCAGAUCAUUGAAGCUGGAUAAGGAUGUCCUGCAGAGUUACAAAAAGGCUCUGGAAGAUGCUGUACAAAUUUCUGCUCAGCAUAACAUCCCACCCCUACCAGGGCGUACGGUUAUCUUUUUGUGUGCAAGUGACCCCAUGCAUGAAGAUUGCCAUGGAGCCAAAGAACUGAGCAUGCCGACUGAAGACACAGACAUUAUGGAUAGAUGUAAAAAUCCCACGGUGAGAAAAUCUACCUACAUUUCUGUUAACUGCUUACCAUCUGAAAACAUCUCUCAGGUUUAAGAACCUCUUACAUGGGUUCUCACCUUUUAAGUUAGUAUCUGUCUUCUAAAUCUAAAUGUGUUCUGUCUUCAGAGAUGUGAGAAGGCAAUAUAUUGAGCAUAGUCUUCCUUUUCCAAUAUGUUGAGCUCCUUUCAAAAGCUUUCAUACUAUUUAUCUGGAGCGGUGAGACACAUUUAAGCCCUUUUUUAGGUUUUAACUGCAUUGGGAUCUAUUUCAGUUGAACCCCACACAUUAUUAUAAACUCAUGGUCUAGGACAUACUAUUUUCUCUUUGUCUAUUCAAUAAGUAAUAAAGCAAUACAUAUUCUUAAACAAAUCAAUAGUUUAAUGAUUGAAAAUGAUAAUACACGUCUGUGGGAGAGGAUGAAUGAGUCUAACUUCAGCUGUCUAUAUGACUAUAUGACUGAACUAUAUGACUGAACAGACAUUCAAAAUGUUUUAGCCGCAAGGAAGAUGGUAAUUUCAACAUUUGUGGCAGGGUAAAAAAAAAUAAAGUAUAAAAUGAUUAAAAAAAAAAAAACAAUAUCACUCACAGUCAUUACUUAAUCACACAAGGAAAACAGAAUGCAACAACAGCAAAACAUAAGGCAAAUAUGAAUGUGUCUCUGUGUGUGUGUGUGUGUAAUGCACCAAAGCUCUAUAGAAGUGAUAAUCUUAAAGAAAAGCAAAUGUAUAUACCAACAGCUUUCCAGAAUAACAAUCUAUAGACUCUGUUCAGUUAUGAUUGGUUUAGGGAUUACCUUAGUUUAGAAAGGUAAUUAUAAAGAAACAUAAUUUUUUUUUUUUUUAUUGCAGUUUUAUUUCUUUGCUGCUGGGGAAUAGUGAAAAGAACCAAUAGAUAAUAUAAGCUUGGCUGUCAUAAUAUUCUAUGGCAAAUGCGGAGCAGUCACCUUGAAAAUGAUUAGGUCCUGAUCACUGCUUAAAUUUUAGCACUUGACCUUGAAGAACUGGGCUGGAGUGCAAGUCUGUGCACUGAAUGCAUUCUGAUUGGCUGCUCGAUUCCAUAUAAUGAAUAAUGCUAAAUUUAUAUAUUCCCCCCAAUCAAAUUAUAAAGCCACAUUAUAUUUUUGCCAGUGCAAAUGUGUAUUUUAUUUAGUAGUCACAGGCUUCCCAUGAUUUUUCUAGUUAUUGAUACCAUUAGGGUAUUCGUUGUAUUGAUUCUGGCAGUCUAAAAUGAGAAGUUGCCGAAUAAGCAUUUUUAAAGUGUUAAGCAUUUUAUAUCCUUUUGGUAAAAAAAAAAAAAGAUUCUUCACCAGUCUUACAAUUUAGUCUCGUGUAUCUACAGCUCCUGGAUGUGGGUCUACUGCUUGGUCUCAUGGUGAAAGGCAUUUCAGAGAGCUCUCAGUUAGUCUUGUAUAAUGAACAAUCCUUUUUCCUCGAUGAAACUUCUUCUAGCAAUCUUCUACAGAAUUUUAUCAGUCUCAAUGAUCAAGUUCCGGUAAGUCACUGGCAUGGCUAGUGUUAUUUGAGAGCUAUAUAUACAUAUAAACCUGCAUGUAAUUAAGUGAUAGAAUCAUUUUUUUACCCUGGUUUAUAGGAGUUUGCAACAUAUUUUAAAAAACAAUGAAUAAAGUGUGCAGGUGCUCUUAAAGAAAUUGAUGACUAAAGGCAUUUAAGCUACAACCAACCCAACAGAUACUCUUCCAAAAGAAAACUCACUUAAUGAACCAUAUAAACCAAAUAUAGGGAGGACCCCAUCAUGCACUAAAAUCCACUGUGAUAGUGUGUGAAACCUAAUAAAACAUGCAAAAAAAAGUACUAUAAACCUGAGAAAAAAAAAACACAAAAAAUUGUUAAUCUCCCCCCUCUUACAAUGGGGAGGCACCAGGGUGCUCCUGGCACAAUAACCCUUACAGUAUGCUAUAGUAGUUAUGGUGCAUUAUGUAUUCUUAAAUGGGAACUUUGCCAUCCAACUGUGCCAAAAAAUCUUAAUUUUUGUUUUACUUUUGUAAGUGAAAAUUGGGCUCUCUGAAUCUUGCUGAUCUGUCUAUGGCAUUGCUAAAGUCAUGACAAGUAACAUCUACUCAUGUCCCUUAGUAUGUCAGUUAAUUUAUCUCGUCCAAAACAUAAAUCAGACUGGAUUAAUAUGUUGAGCAAAGAUUCCAUGUAAUCUGUCACAAACCAUUAGUUAAAACAGUUUAGAAAUCCAGUGGUUGUAAUGUAGGCCACUGUUGAAAAAACAUGCCAAGUUCCAUAACCUCUAUAGCCUGCUGUAUUGGUUAUGGUGACAGGAGUGACCUGAUAUUGUUACUGUGUAAUGUUUCAAACCGUUUUAGAAAGAUUUGGCAAUUUACCUGGGUCCAACAGGGAGCAUUUGACCACAUAUACUGCUUACAGAUUCUCCUGCAAAAAAAUCUGGUUAGCUUUAUGGAGCCUAAUAAGCCCAUGGAGGAGGUGCUCAUUAGCUGAGAGCAGGGCUCAAAAUUGACAGAGGAAAAUGUAGCCCUGACGAGUAAAAUUCACAGCUAAUAAGUGUGUCAAGGGCCUUUCAGGCUUGCUGUGGCAGGUAUCUUUUUAAGGCCUGAAUAAGCCCUUGCUGAGAGUAUGAGUUGAGCACUCUCGGUCAAUGAGUGUGAUCAUGUAUCGGCCAUACCUAGCUCCAGAGAGACAUCUGGCUUCUCAUGCGGGAGACGACCUGAUGUGGUGCGGGCACAUGAGGGGCGUUGGUGCACUUCUGGCAUCAUAAUCACUACAUUGGGUCAGUGUUUUUGGUACUUGGAGUGUCUUUUUAAGAUUCUGAUAAACAAUGCUUUUUUUUUUUAAAACAAUUUAAAUGUAAAAAAUGUUUGCGCUGUAUAAAAUGUUCUCGUUUCUGAACUAUUGCUAUACUUUUAGGAAAAACUGCCAUGUGGAAUUAAUUUAUCAGUCGAAAAUGUAAAGCCACCAGUGAACUAUCUACUUGAACUUCUCUCAAAGCGAACUAAGGUAUAAGAGACCAUUUCCAAGAGUUUACACCUUUAUUUCAUACUCUAAUUAACAGGAUUAUUCACUAAAGUGAGUAUUCGAGGUCAAUUUUAACUUUAAGGCCCGCUACUCUUUCGGUUUGACUUCUCUGGCCCUGAAUUUGAAAUUCUCUUAGAAUUUACUUAGAAUUCUCACUUUAGUUUAUAACCCUAUAAGUGUUAAUAAAUGUUUUGAGAGGUCACUCGACCUACAGUUUUAUUUUUUAUUUUUGACAAGCCAUUGGAAUAUUAUGUAAAUGCUGGAAAAUGUAUACAUGAAAUUAUAAAUAUUUGAGUAUCGAGUCUCAGUGAGGAGAUGCAUUGCACUGGAAUGGAUACUUUGUUUAAAAACCUUCUAGUAUUUUAAAUUGGUAUGUGUCACCUCACAUCAUUACAUUACAAAGUAUUGCCUUGUGUAUUGCUGUGUAGGUGGAUACAUUUCUGGUGUUUGCACCCUCUCCACUUGAGGAAGAGUUCCGUACAGUGAUGCGCCAUUACCGCAGGGAAGUGAAUGCAGACUGUCUCUGUGUGACUGUGCUGCCUGCUGGUUAUAAAAGGUAGUUAUGCUUCCUGAUAUUCACACACCCACCUGUCUGUUUUUAGCAUAUUAAUUUAGGCGCUUGUGUUAAUUUUCAUAUAUUAUUCCAAACUAUUAUUUAUCUUAAUUUGUUUAUUUUUUUUUUAGUUUGUCCACCCUGGUAGUUAAAUGUUUUCUCUACAGGAAUGUACUCCAAAGUAAAACAGAAUUUAGCAAUGCAUACCCCUAAGAGCAACAAUUUCUUGCUAAACAUAAAAAGCUAAAUAUUUAGGUAUAUUUGUUCCUGUAUUGCACUACAUUGAAUAUAGCACUCCAUAAGAAUCCCACAAGUCAGCUAACCUAACUGUACAUACCUAUUUAAAUUUUCAGAUUAUGUAGGAUUUUGAAGGUGUUGUUCAAUUUAAAAAUAAUAUAAUUAUAUGCAAAUAAUCUAUUAGGUUUUCAUUAUUCAGUUUUUUCUUUUUUCUUUGUUGUUUGUAUGUGUUUUAAAAUGAUUGAAAGUUUCUUUUUAAAAAAUGUGUUGCUUAUUUUAAUGGCAAUAUCUGAAAGUCUGCUUCACUGCUUUCCUAUGGGAUUUUACUGACUCUGAAUGUCUGAUUGACAACCACUAGAGACAGUUUUAGUCCUGCAAUAUAAUUAUUGCAGUUUCCCAGAUAGGACUUAGCUUUAUAAAAGACCACUUCAAUGAGCUGAAGUGGUUGUUUUUUUUGGUUUUUUAAAAACAAAACUCUUCAGUCACACUCUAUUUGUAAUAAUACAUCUGGAUCAGGAUACUUCUAUCUCCUGGUGCUCCUCCUACCUCUCCCAACACUUUUUCUGUGUUUCUUUCUCUGGCUCUGCCUCUUCUCCCCAACCCCUCUCUGUUGGCGUUCUCCAAAGUUCUUUCCUUGGUCCCCCUACUGUUCUCUAUCUAUACUGCCUUCCUUGAUAAACUCAUCACCUCUUUUGGCUUGCAUUAUCAUUUAUAUGCAGAUGACACACAAAUCUACCUGUUCUAUCCUGAUCUCUCUCCACCCAUCUUGACUCGGAUCUCUGACUGCCUCUCCACAAUUUCCAACUCAAUGUCUUCUCACUUCCUUAAACUCAACCUGUCCAAAACAGAACUUCUGGUCUCUCCUCCCUCAAGUGUUGCUACUUCAGUGUCUCUUUCCCUCAAAGUCAACGGCGCCACCAUCACCUCUACCUCGCAAGCUUGUUGCGUAGGUGUUCUCUUUGACUCUGACCUCUCCUUCACCCCUCACGUCCUGUCGAUUGCCAAAUCCUGCCGCUUCCAUCUCAAAAACAUAGCUUGCAUCCGCCCCUAUUUAAGGGACUGGUCCAUGCCGAUGUUCUUUCUUGCCUUGACUACUGUAAUCCCCUUCUUCGUGGUCUUAUGUGCUCCCAGAUUGCACUGCUGCAAUCUAUAAUAAAUGCGGCAGCAAGGAUAAUUUUCCUGUCUGCCCACACCUCCCCCCUCUGUCAGUCCCUACAUUGGCUUCCAGUUAGAUAUAGGGCUCAAUUUAAGAUUCUGGUGCUUGCUUACAAAUCCCUACAUAGUGCUCCUCCAACCUAUCUACCCUCCCUAAUACACAAUUAUGUCCCGUCGAGGCCGCUGCGCUCUGCCAAAGACCUACGCCUAUCCUCUGUCUGUUCUCCCACAUCUGAUGCUCGCUUCCAAGACUUCUCCAGGGCUGCACCUUUUCUGUGGAAUUCCCUUCCCUUCUCCGUUAGACUUUCACCCAGUCUCCACUCCUACAAAAAAAUCUUUGAAAACACACUUCUUCCGGAAAAUAUAUAAUUUAAACUGUUGCCGCCCCAACGACUCCUCUCCUGCAACAGUCAAAAAUAACCUUCUUAAUAAGUUCAGUGAAUACUUUUCUAGCAACCAAUUUCAUUACCCCCACUUAUACUCUUUUUGUGUCACUAUAUCCCACUCCCUCUAGCAUGUAAGCUCCAUGAGCAGGGCCCUCAACCCCUCUGUUCCUGUGCGUCCAUUUGUCUGGUUACAAUUACGUGUCAGUUAGUCCACCCGUUGUACAGCGCUAUGGAAUUUGCUGGCGCUAUAUAAAUGAUAACAUAAUAAUGGUCAUCUACCAUCAUGCAGAUUAUCUGUUGUUCUUAUGCUGGGGAACUGUCUCUUCAUUUUUGAAAAAUCAUUAAUGAAGCCUCAUGCAUUAUUAAAGUUGUACCCUCCUUAAAAGAUACAGAUGGGAUUAGUGUAUAAUUCCAUGAACUGCUUCUUGGAGAAAUACAAAGGCUGUGGCAGGACAUUGAUUAAUAAAACCUUGUGUAAUGAGCACUAUUGUAUUUUUCCAUGGAUAAUAUAUUGAUUUGCUUUGUACUAACAUCGCAGAGUUUGGCUUUUCGGGUGUUUCUUGUAAUGCCAUGUAUCCGUAUAAAACUUUUCAAUAAAAUCUAAUUGGAAACAAAAAAGUUGUACACUGCAUGUAUUUCAUUAGAAAGCAAUAUGAACAGCUUUAAUGUGUUACUUCUUGGUUGGUGAGAGCUCACCGUAGAAGAUACAAUUGUGGAAAUCUGCAGGAAACACAAGACCUUCAAAGGUUGUUUUUGUUCUUUAAAAUAAGUUUUUGUUUUUUUUCAAGUCAUAAUGUACGCCUAUGUUCCAGUACCCAAGAAACUACUUUAAUGUGCAUGUCAUUUACACAAGAACGGCACAAUUUCUGCUAAAUGGAAAUAUGUCUCCAAACACAUCUCCUGUUAAUAUCUACUUCAAAAAACGUAUAGAUGUUUUGUCAAAAAGAUUGUGUCUUUAAAAUCAGUGGAAUUGAAUUAUUGACCCUAUGUAGGCAUAGGGCUAUCCUAGCUAUAAGAUAAGGCCAGGGACUAAUGAAAGUAUUUAGAAAAUUGAGCAGACUCGAUGGGCCGAAUGGUUCUUAUCUGCCGUCACAUUCUAUGUUUCUAUAUUUUUCAGGGAGGAUGACAUUGAAGAGUGCAAUGAUAUCACUCUCUGUGGUUUCACUGAACAGGUAUUGCGGUAAGUUGUGCUUUCACUGCUGUGUACCUCUUAGUAGUAGUGUCAAAAUAUAUAUUUUUUUUAAAGUUAAUUCACCAAACCAUGAGCUGGCAAGUUAGUUACAAAGUUUAGGGUGAACCCAUCUGCCAAACCAAAAUAAAGUAGAUGUUUAACCGCUUAAAAUCGGAGGGCGUACUAUUACGCACUAUUCUAAGUGGCUCUAAACACCGCAGGGCAUAAUAGUACGCCCUCCGUUUUUUUUUUUAACUUACCCGGUCGCCAGCGAUCGCGGUUGGGGAGACUCACCUGGGAUCCCAGGGAGUCCCCCACGGCGGAUCCUGCCUCCUCCGGCCCCCCCCGGCGGAUCCUGUCUCCUCCGCCCGGCCAUGUGAGAGUGAGGUCCUUGCGAGGACCUCACAAUAACAUGGCCGGGUUAGCUGGCUGCUGCAUUGCCAGCAGGGGGACUGCCUGUAAUGACAGUCCCCCUGCUGGCUGGAAAUCAAAUCAAAUUAAAUUAAAAUCAGUGUAAAAAAAAAUAAAAAAAUUAUAUACUUAGAUCAUAUAUAUAUAUAAUAUAUAUAUUCAAAUUACACGUAGACUGAUACUGAUUAAAUAUAUAAUUAUUGUUAUAUAUAUAUAUAUAAUCUAAAAAAAAUAUGUAAAUACGUUAAAUAAAAUUUAAAAAAUAAUUAAAAAUAAAUAAUUAAAAAAUAUAUAAAUGUUAUUUCGUUCUAACUGUAUUGUGAUAUUAAUAUAAUAUAUAUAUAUUUAUAUCAAAAUACACGUAGAACGAAAUAUAUAUAUAUAUAUAUAUAUAUAUAUAUAUAUAUAUAUAUAUAUAUAUAUAUAUAUAUAUAUAUAUAUAUAUAUAUAUAUAUAUUUCCCCAGGUCCCAGCACUCAAUGUUCCCGGUCUUUUCCAUGCUCCGGUGCAAGUAAUCUCUGACCAAUAUAUAGCAUCCAAGUAGAGAGCACUCUGGAGUCAGCGAAGUCUCCCGAGCAGAACAGUACCCCUCAUUUACAGGUUUUAUGGUGUUUUCAAAAGUUACAGCGUCAAAUAUAAGGCUUGUGUUUCAUUUUUUUCACAUUAAAAUUCGCCAGAUUGGUUACGUUGCCUUUGAGACCCUAUGGUAGCCCAAGAAUGAAAAUUACCCCUAUGAUGGCAUAACAUUUGCAAUAGUAGACAACCCAAGAUAUUGCAAAUGGGGUAUGUCCAGUCUUUUUUAGUAGCCACUUAGUCACAAACACUGACCAAAAUUGGCGUUUUUUUUGCAUUUUUCACACACAAACAAAUACUAACGCUAACUUUGGCCAGUGUUUGUGACCAAAUGGCUACUAAAAAAGACUGGACAUACCCCAUUUGCAAUAUCUUGGGUUGUCUACUAUUGCAAAUGGUAUGCCAUUAUGGGUGUAAAUUUUAUUCCUGGGCUACUAUACAGUCCCAAAGGCAACGUAACCAAUCUGGCGAAUUUCAAUUUCAAAUGUAACGUGCUAUAUUUGACCCUGUAACUUCCCCAAACGCCAUAAAACCUGUACAUAGGGGGUACUGUUUUACAUGUGAGACUUUGCUGAAUACAAAUAUGUGUAUUUUAUUGCAGUAAAAGCAAACAGUAUUAUGACAUUGACAGUUAAAAUGCCAUGUAGAACUAAAACAAAUAACAAAAUUUCUUAUUUUCUCCCAUUUUUUUCAUAUUAAAUUAUGUUUCAUAGCUGAAUAUUUGAUAUUAAAUGAAAGCCCUGUUUCCUUUAAAUAAAAUGAUAUAUAAUAAGAGUGGGUGCAUUUAAUAUGAAAGAGGUGAAUUAUGGUUGGACACACAUAUAGCGCAAAUGCCAGCUUUCGUUUACGUUUGGUUUUGUUCACAACGUGUACAUUUGGCUCAGUCCUUAAGGGGUUAAGUGAGUUACAGUUUUGUUUUGUUUUUUUAACACUCUUCUUCUGAUGUUAUUUUCUUAAAAAUUGCUCAAGCAUACAAAGUCAUUUUUAAUGUUAUUUUAGACUGUUCUAUCCCGGAGAGACAAAAGUUUUUUUACUUUCUAAAGAGACUAAUAUUUUAAAAGUAAACAUCAUUGCUUUAAAUAUUGCCAUUCAAUAUAUCUUAUAUUAUGGUGAGAAGUGUAAAGUGUUAGUUUUUGCAACUUGUAUAUACAUACUGCAACUGCGUAUCCUCUUUGUCUAGUUUUGUGUCGGAGCGUGGCACUGCGCGGCUCAUUGAUCACGUGGAAAAGGUAAAUGAAAGAUUUAAUGUUCCCGAAGACCCAGAUAGUGCAAGGAGAAAGCAGGUGUCUGCCCGGGAGAUAAUCACCAUGCCUGCAAAACAGAGGUAUUUUCAACCGUAGAUUAUUGGCUUUUUUGUGCAUUCAUUUAUAUUCUGCAGUCAGAUAUGCAGCAAUGAAAUUAUAAGGUUAAUAUUUAAUCUGGUGUUACAGUUGAAUACAGUUUAAUGUAGCAGAGAUUUCACUCCUGUAGCAUCUGCUAAUUUCCAUUUGGUAACAUAUAUUUGAUGAAAAUUGUUUUUGAGGAUCUAGGAUUAAAAUAGCAUAAGGUAGUUUUAUUUUUGUACCAUAAUUUAAUAGUUUUGAUCAUAUUGAGCUUUGCCCCAGAUACUUCUUGGAGCCUUCAGACAAUCAUCAUGUUCUGUGGGUGUCCUAAUAGGUCAAAUAGAACUUGUGUUAAUAAGCUGUUUAUAUGCAUUUAUUUCAUUAUAUAAUAUCAGUCUUAUUGUACACUGGAAUCAUUUGAUAGGAAGAAUUGAUGUCAGUGAGAUUAAUCUUGAAUAUUAUUUCAUCAUGAAGACAUUCGAAAAUUAUUGUUGUAUGCCUUGGUUUUGUUAAUUGAUUUGUUUGUCAUUGUAUGUGUCUCAGGUGGCGCAGCAUUCGUGUCUUUAUAUCUUCAACUUUCCGUGACAUGCAUGGUGAGCGAGACAUUUUGAUUGGCCGUGUGAUACCAGAGUUGCGUGUCCGAGCUGCACGUCACUUUCUGUCACUGGAGGAAGUUGACUUACGGUGGGGAAUUACUGAAGAGGAAGCAAAGAAAGACAGGUGAAAAAGCACAAAAAUGUUUAAACAGAAAGAUGCACAUUGAAGAUACAAUUUAGAGAGGAGUUGGUUAGAAAAUAUCACAUUGUACAUUUUUUUUUGCUUGUGAUAAUUGUCUGUUUGCAACUCAUGUUUACCUGUAUUCUCUGAAUUAGACAAUUGUCUCUGUGCCUCUCUGAAGUUUCUCGAAGCCAGAUAUUUAUCGGGAUCCUAGGCGAGCGAUAUGGGCAUACUCCUUCUGUGUAUUCUGUGCCACUCCUGCCUGACUUUCAAUGGGUAAAAACUAUACUAUUAUUAAUUGCCAAAAGAAUGUUUGCCAAAGUACAUCAAACAUGUUUAUUUCUUUAAAAUGCUUAGUUGUAUAUAAUGGUUUAUUUUGUAUUCUUAUUUAGGCUUCUACACCCAUCAUUUUUUUUGACCGGUGGAAAUUAUUAAUACUACUGACAAAUAAGUAAACGGGGCAAUACCCAUGAGCUGAGCUAGAUGCUAAAGCUCUUUAUACAAAAAAUUUAGCUAGGCCAUGCAAUUACAAUCUAAAGGUUAAAAUGGCAGUUGAGACCAGAUGUAGCAUGGGUAAUUUCAAGGUGAUGACCAGACUGUUAAUUGCAGCCACUGGUAAGUUGUGAAGCUGGAGAAGCAUGCUAUAAAGUAAGAAGGAGCCAGGGUGUGCAGGAGGAGGGACAGGUAGGUGAGUAGUGCAAAAAAAAAAAAGGAAUGGAAUGGUGCAAGAGAGGGGUUCGGUAAAGCAGAAAUAUGUUGCAUACAGUUGAAACAUUUGCCAACCAAACUUCUUUAGGUCUCUCCUGUAAGCCUUUACUAUUUAUUUUAACAAAAUUAAAAACCUUAUAAAAAAUAUUUUUCAAAAUACACUAAAGAAUAGCUAUGUACCAACACAGAGAUCCAUUUGUCCCCAUUGGGUCAUGAAGGUGCCUGAUAUAGCACUGAUAUAUUAUUGUUAUAAACCAAUUUGGACAUUCUCAUCCACCUUUGACUAUAACUUAAAUGUAAUUGGAACAUACGAAAUUAAUCCCUGCAUUCAAUCUCCAACAACUCCUGGGCAGAUGCAAUGACUAUAGUACACAACAGCUCCAAUACACACAAUAAAAAUCAAAGGAAACAUAUUUACAUUUUAGAUGAAAACUGCAAGCUGAACUGUUAGUGUGGGACUUCCCUUCAAGAUUUUGCCUUAACAUGGCAGCUGAGCUUACACUUUAAUGGCAAUUGGAGUGAUAAUCCAGUUAUUUAAAGGUGCGUAGGGAUUUGGGAUAGUGCGCAAGUACCCCUUUUCUUUCGUUUUUAAGCGUUAUUGGACUUUGUUAAAGUAUAAAGAUGAAUGUUCCACAGGACAAAAUAUUAACCACAUUACAUGGUUUGAAAUAUAACAACUGUUCAGGUUACAUUACAUAAUUAAGUCUAACAAAAUAUUGUAAUUGUCCAUUCUUCCUGUAGAUUCAGACUUACCCUCCAGGACGAUCCAUCACUGAGCUAGAGGCUAUGCAGUUCUUGAAUCACUGUGACCGCAAAAUAUCAAGUUACCCCAAGGCUCUCUUUUAUUUAAGGGAUCCUGGUAUACUUCGGUAUAUAACUUUUGUUUAUCUUUUGGUGUCCCUAGUAUCUGUUUGUGUUGGCAAUUGCGCUAUCCAUAUAACUCUGUUUGUGACCAUGUAUUGCUUUUCUUAUAACUUGCAUCCUUUUUUGCUGCUCAGGUCUGUGCCCAAAGAGUGGCUGUCAGAUUUUGCUCCUGAAAGUCAAGCUGCAGAAAUUCGUGUGGCUGACUUAAAGAACAGAGUGUGCAAACAUCCAGCCGCCAAGAGCUCUCGGUAAUCAUUUUAAUUUUAAAUGGUACAUUGGACAGUCAGCUAGAUCGUUUCAAAACCUCCUUUCCUUCCUCCUAGGUAUGAUUGUCAAUGGGGCGGCGAGCGAGAUGGGAAACCAUUUGUGACAGGGCUGGAAGAAUUCGAGGCUCAAGUGAUGGAAGAUAUUUGGCAAGUGAUUGAAAGGGACUUUAUCAGGGUAAGUAAUACUACAAAGUCUUCAAUUUUUGGAUCUUUUUUGUGUGCAGCAGUAAUGACUCUUGAUCCUUGUCAAAUUUUCUUGACAUCCUUUUGAAGUUGUCUCAACAGAUAUUAAUAUAAAACUAGGGAAACAUUUUUGUGUAUUCUCUAUACUUUUUCAUCUUAGGACACAUCUGAGGGAUACAUAUUUUAAAUACUUUUGUAUAGUAUGAGUGUGUGUUUUUUUUAUUUUAAAAAUUGUUUCUUUCCUUUUUUGUGUUAGGAGGAGACCGAUAGUUCUGGGGAGGAUGGAGAGCAGGAGGGCUUCCAGGAGUGGCAGGAACGACUCUUCUGUGCCAGGAAAAAGUUAGUGUUGAGUACACAAAACCAGAUAGUAGAGAAGACCUUGUCAUCUGCUUCAAAAGGACAAGUAUUCCUUGUGUGUGGAGAGCCAAGCCAAGGAAAGACGGUGUUCAUGGUAAGUUUUCGACAUAAUGUAGAGUACUAACAGAAGGGAAAAUGUGCCUACUUCGUGGAACUGGGAGAUCAAAUUUUAUUUAUUUAUUGAUUUAACAGUUCUGACAUAGUGCUUUUAUCCUGAGUGCUUUACAGUUUAUGCAAAAAUAGCUAUUAUGUGUGACAUGCUUUGUGCCAGUACAUUACUUUCGGGAGAGUUAUGAUCCGUUUUCAUACAGAUGGGCCUAGCCAUUAUUUAUAUAUUUAUAUAUAUAUAUUUAUUUAUUCAUAAAUAAACCUGAGUAUUGGGAAUAUAUCUUUUGAAAAAAACAGGGUUGUUCUGGAAUUGGCUAAAAUAUAUUGAGGCUGAGUAUGUUAUGGCUGAUAGCUAGUGCUAACUGGUUGAUUUUAGUUGUAAAAGGAUUCACAUCUUCCCGGCAGGCAGUCCUUGUGAAAGAACUGAGACUUGCAGCAUCCUCUUCAGUGAUUUAUCACUUUGCGGGAGCCACCCCUGAGGCACGGGGAGUGGAGAAUAUGCUGACACGUGUCUGUAAACAGCUGAGCUUGCAUCUGCAGAGGCCAAAUGAGAACAUCAUCUCCUACAGGUUAGUGGCCCUAAUGUGCUUAGAGCAAGUGGCUGGAAUUUAUUGAAGCUCUCUUAUUUAUGAUGUUGCAUAAACCUUCCUGUUAAUUAUACUGUAUAUGCAUUCUAAUUCUUAACGAACCACUAUAGGCACCUAGACCACUUCAGCUCAAUGAAGGGGUCUGGGUGCCAGGUCCUCCUAGUUUUAACCCUGCAGCUGUAAACAUAGCAGUUUCAUAGAAACUGCUAUGUUUACACUGCAGGGCUUAUCCCGCCUCCUUUUAUUUAUUUUCUUAAUUCAUGAUUAUGAGUAAACUAACAUUUUACCCGCAUAUCACAAGCUCUAUUGAAUCUUACACAUUGUUAUCAAUUACUGCAUGAUUCACUUCCACCUUUGAUUUUUCUGCUUGCAAUGCCCUAAUCAUGGCACUUCUGCUACUGAUCGAUCUUUUCUCUGACACACACAAAGAAUAGAUCGCUCUAGUUUCAACUGAAUUUUGUACAGCAUAUAAGGCAUUAACCAUUUCUUUGUAAUCUUCCACAAUCUAUACAGGGCACUUAGGGAUGAGUUCAACUAUCUCUUACUAUUAACCUCCCGGUCUCUGAGACGAAACCAAACAUUCACCCUGCUGAUUGAUGGUGCUGACUUGCUUUGUGGACGUGCAGGGGAUCUCAGUUCUGAUUGGAUCCCUGAGCAUUUGCCUACGGUAUAAAUAAUGAUAAUAAUUUAAAUUUUUCAUUCACCAUUGCUAGAGACUGAGUAUGUCUAAUGGUUUUGUGUGGGCUAAAAUAAUAAACAGAAUAAAAUACACUGAGCAAUUUAUUUAAAAAGGAUAACUCCUCAAAUGUCUCUCUGGCAUUGUUCUGUGUUUUAUAGAGGCUUUUGUCACCUUUUCCUAGUCUGCCCUUGAAUAGUGUAUUUUCACAAACUAUUUGAAUUGGAUGUUUUUUAGUAUAACAUGUACAUAUUUUUUUAAUGUAAUAAGUAUUGUUUUUUUUCCGCCUAAGCUGAGGCCAGUGCCGAUGACCGAUAUCGGAGGAAGGAGCGGUACCUGAGCCCUCUGUGAGCUGCCUCAAUAAGGAAAACGUCUUCGCUGUCAUUUGAAGCCUGUAUUUUAAUUCAUGGAUUUGGGAUUAGUCAGUUUAGCACAUGAUUGCCCUAGAACAGAUCACAUUGACUUUAGUAGGGUUUCAACUUUGAAUAUGCGCUUGAGAUGAACUAGGAAUUCUGAAAUAUACAAUUCUGUAUGCAAUUCUGAGGGCUUAGGCUAUAACCUUUUUUUUACAGCACAUUUGGGUGUCAAGGUGACAUAUAAAAAGCUAAUAUAUAUAUAUAUAAAUAAAUAAAAUCUGAGAGAGUUCUUAUUUACUGUACCUAAAUGUACCCUUACUAUGUGUAAAAUGUGCUUUAAAAUUCACACAUAUUAGCUGCAUAAGUGAAAUGUUAAUGUAGUUCUACCGUCAUUAUUGAAUAUAUACUUUAUUCCGCCAGAGGGUGAACCUGGUCCUGAGCAUGACCGAGGGAUCUUCCCUCUCUGGAUUCCUGCGCCGUCGGAAGGACACCGUGCUCAUCUCUUUAGGGAGUCUUGAACCUUCAGAUCGAGCAGAGUUAGUGAGACAGAGGCUAGCUGUGUAUGGGAAGAAACUGGAUGAGUCUUCCUUCAACAACCAGGUGUUAUGUGUUUGUCAGCCCUUCUGGUGUUUACAUCGUAUACAUGUCAAAGCUGCUGUUUCACUCAGUUCCACUAACAUUUUACAUCUUUAAAAACCAUGAAUUUGCUACAAAUAUACUUACUGGCUUUUGACAGAAGCCCAAUAGUGUAAGAUGUGUAUGCAUACUUCUCAACGCUUGGUUUGUGUGUGCACAAGCAUUUUACUCCAGUUGUAUUAUGUUCUGGCUGUGCUCUCUAUUCACUUUAUAUGGAUUGGCUCUAUCAUGUAUCACUAACACACUUGGUGAUCACCUUCUUUGUUUUGAAGAACCUCAACACUUUUCAUUGUUGUGCCUACAUGGACACUUACACCUCUUCUUCUGUUUAGAUGCGUCUACUUCUGAUUAAGAAGGGAACAAAAGACCCUUUGUACUUGACUAUGGCCUGUGAGGAGCUACGUACCAAUGCAAUCUUUGAGAAGGUCUGUGUAAAUGUUACUGCCUUAUAUGUGAAAAGUGUGUGUGUGUGUGUGUGUGUGUGUGUGUGUGUAUAUAUAUAUAUAUAUAUAUAUAUAUCAUUUUUUUAUUUUAUUUUUUUAGAUGCCCCUUACUCUCUCUAGAUUUUUUUCUUUUCUUUUACAGACACUUACUAUAUCAAACUUUUUGCUUUUUAAAAUACAUUCUAUCCUUUUCUGCUACAUAGCUCUCUGAUGAUAUACAAAAGUUGCCUGCUUCCCUUGCCCCACUUAUCCAGAGAAGACUUCAGAGUUUGGAGAAUGAACAUGGGACAACAAUGGUAACCAUAGCUCUGACUGCCAUCUGCCUCUCACGGAAAGGUAAAAGCAGCCAACUCCCCAUCUGGAUUUUUGCUUGAGUAUUCUGGCAUGUAAUUAAUUUGAACCUCACAGAUGCUAUACUAGGAAGUACUCAGGUGAUUCUUGAUACUGUUGUAGGAAUGCUAGAGCGAGAUCUUCUCCGGAUCCUGAGCUCUUUGAAGAAUCUGCACUCUGUAUAUGCUACAAGUUGGAAUAAGAUACUGACUGUGGCUACUCAAGCAGAAAACCUUCCAAUGACCACCUUUACACUACUCCUAAGGGGCUUAAGAAGGUAACAAGCUGUUCUUGGCUUGACUUGUACAAUUCUUCUUUUUAGUGUCAUAGUCCAUCACCUUCACAUUUAUCAUUUCUUUUAUUUCUUUCCAACGUGUCCAUUUUAACUAUUCAUUGGAAUGUGCCAGAAUACAAAGUAAUGGAAAUAAAGCAUGUGUCUGUCCAAAGACUGCAUUUAAAAUAUCUGUGCUCAGGGAAAGAGAAGUUACAGCUGGUGAUGUAGAAGUGUGUUUUUUUUUUUUUUUUUAAUAAACUGGUCGUUUAUUUCUUGGUUAAUCUAUUUGCUGUCAUAAACAUAUUAACAUCUCCGUGAAGGAGCUGACACAUAACUGUUGGAACAUUUGUAUUGUGAAAUACAUUCUUCAAUAGAGAGAUUUAAUUGUGUAACCACCAGACCAAUAGAAACCAAUACACUGACCCAAGUAAUAAGCCGUUUAUUGUGACCCAGGUAGCUGACAAAUGAAAUGAAUUCAUAGGGAUUAUAUUACCACUGCAUGACAAUUAAAUACCACAGAAUUAAAUGUAUACUGAUAUACUGAUUUAUUCCAACACUUCCUACACUAGAUAGUACUAUAAGAAUACAUUGACAAAAUACUUUAUUAUAAUAUUCAAUUGAUAAUAAUAUAAAAUAUUACCACUAUAUCUAGUACCAAAAUACUACACCUAAUAUUCUGUGAUAAGUCCUCAGUAGGCGCACUUUAAGAAUAACCUCUUAAGAGGACAUUAUAAGAACUAGAACCACUAUAGCUUAAUGUAAUAGUUCUGGGACAAAGAGUCUGUCUCUUAAGGCUGAGCAACGAAAACACUGCAUUUGCUAGUGGCUGUCGCUCCUGAAGAGAUUCAUCAAGUCAUGUUCCCUGUGGGGAAGCAUUGGACUUGCUGAGUUCAUUAGGAUUGUUAAUCAAAGGUAGCAGAGUGGGGGCGGCCGCAGCAAGACUGGUGCGCCGGGGGAAACAGGGUUUUGGUGGAUGGUGAUAAUAGUUUUUAUAACUCAAUACAUGUAUGACCUCUCCAUAUGUUCAAUAUGCAAUUUGAAAACAUAAUCUGCCCCUUGAAGUAGUAGGACAGUUUUCUUUCUUGCUCAUUCUCUUGAUCAUUCACUUUCUUCUUCAUUUUGUAGUGUACUUGGCCUUUGGACUUCUGAUUCUAGACUACACCUUCCAAGCGGCUUAAUUAGAGAUGUUGUGGAGAAACGCUAUCUGGCAAAAUCAGAGGUUAUCAGGGCUGUGCACCUUCUCAUUGCCGGUAAUGUCUCAUGAAAAAUCAUUUGUUUUCUACAAUUAUUGGGUACCCUAAAAAUAAAGUUUUGUUAUAUAUUAGCCAAUACAAACUGUGUAUCCUAAUUCUAAUCGGAAAUUUCCCACUGGAUAUUUUUUUUUUUUUUUUUUUAGCACACCUGUGGACGGUUUGCUUUCCUGCAGACCCACAAUCCUCUCCUUUACCUCCAGCUGAGUGCUUGAGUGAACUGUCCCAUCAUUUGGUAUGUUUAUUUAUUUAUCUGAUUCUGCGUAUUUAAGAAAAAUGUAAACGCAAAAUAAAAAGGGAUUCCAUUUAUAAUAUUUAAAUGUAAGAAAUGAUUUGACCAGGAAAGGUAAAUUAAGCUUGUCACUAUUAUUAUUUCCAUUAUGUACUUUGGUCUAGAUUAUAUUAUCUGUAAUGGAUAUGUUUUAUUGACCUCUGCACUAAUCAAACAUGUGAUUCUAAGAUAUCACAGCUGGAGCUCUUCUAUUUGACCAAUAAGAAAACUCAUCCAGUACAUCACAUUUGGAUGAACAAAUAAUUUUUACAGUUUUAAUGCAGUUAUUAUUGUUUUAUUUUUUAAUUUUUUUUCUGCUGUGCAUAUCAUCAUUAUAUAUAUGCUUGUCAUGCCCCAAAAGCAAUUGACGAGCGAAGAGCAUACCAUGCAUUGAAACAUAUUUGGGACAUUCAGAUAAAACGUGCACUUUUUUAACCCCUUAUGGACCAAACUUCUGGAAUAAAAGGGAAUCAUGACAUGUCACACAUGUCAUGUGUCCUUAAUUGGUUAAUAUAACAAGAGUUAACCAUUGCUAGUUAAGAUGAGUAACAGUCUGCCUAUAACUAUAGUGCGAAAUUAUUAUUAGAGUAUUACUGAGGCAUCAUUUGUAUCAGAACAAUUGGUACAAAAACAAUGUAUUAGUUGUUAUAACAAGCUAGUGCGUUAUGAUUAUUUAAUUGUGGAGUGUUGAAAUGCAAGCUAAUCUAGUGUUCCUUAAAGGGACACUGUAGUCACUAUAACCACUUUGUCUCUUUGAAUUGGUUAUAGUUGCUGGAGUGGCCUGGCACUGUCCCUCCAUUCAGUGUUGCACCAUGUUUGUGCAGUAAACCACAAAAUUAGAGUCCCAGGCCACCCACAGUCCGGCCCCUUCUGUAUGUGUAGCUAAGGCAGAGAUUACACACUUCCUUGUUGUCAUACCCAUUCAUACCAUCAGUUGGAGCUCUGACAGGUUAAAAGCAGUCAGCUGACACACUCAGCCAAUCACAGCUGCCCAUUGCCUCUCAGGGUAAUACUUCCUUAUUAGCCAAAGCAGCACAGAGGGGAUAGACUGCCGUGGACUCUUGUUUAGCAUUAAAACAUUACAACAUUAAAAACUGUUUAAUGCUGAAAGAAAUGAUGGUACCAGGGGACUCCAGACACUAUGAUCAGUUUAAUGAGAUGAAGCAGAUACAGUGCCUACAGUGUCCCUUUAAAUAAUUGUAUCUCAAUCUCUAAAUUGAACUUUAAUCACAUACAGGAGGCUCUUGCAGGGUCUAGCAAGCUAUUAACAUAGCAGGGGCAAUGUUAACAGAACUUGCAAUAAAGAAAGCCUAAAUAGGGCUCUCUUUACAGGAAUUGUUUAUGGAAGGCUGUGCAAGUCACAUGCAGGGAGGUGUGACUAGGGUUCAUAAACAAAGGGAUUUAACUCCUAAAUGGCAGAGGAUUGAGCAGUGCGGCUGCAGGGGGCAUGUUCUAUACACCAAAACUGCUUCAUUAAGCUAAAGUUGUUCAGGUGACUAUAGUGUCCCUUUAAAAAGGGUUUAAAUACGCUGAAAUCUAGUAGCGAGCGUCUACUAUGUAUAUACCACUAGUAAAACCUGUGAGGGCAAUUAAAUACGUUAGGCGAUGUCAGGGCUCUUGCUAGAAAUAAAAAUAAAUGUUGAAGCGUUUUUAGAGAGUACGUUAGAGUACAUUAAACAGGCCCAGGAGUCCUUGGAACGCAUCCUCUAGGGCUUAGGCAUCAGAUAAUAGUUUCGGAUAAUCCUUCGGGUUAGCAGGCUGUCUGCGUUUGGUGUGCAAGCAGUUUCAUUUGCAGAGGCACUUCACCCCCCAUCUGGGCACUGCUCGGAGGUAGCAAAUGAGUCCCUCAGAGGGGGCUCUGCUGCGUCCGCUGUAUGAGGUACCUCGUGGCUACCGUCCCUUUUCGGUGCUUGCGAUGCCUGAAAUAUGGUAACGGGCAGAGGUGGCAGCACGUUGAGGGCGGGGAAAUUGCUCCCUCCAGCCCCAGGCCUGUGUAGAGGCAGACAUCUCAGGUCCACGGACCCGGAAACCUUGGUGGGCCGGGUCGGGAGUGGCGGGGGGCUCCGAUGUUGUGCCGCCGCCUGAGGCGGGGCGCCCUCCGUCGGUGUGGGCGAUGUCUCAGGGUCAUGCCCCUGAUGGUCCUCAGCCCAGGUAGGCCAGUAGUAGGAGAUACGGGUGUAUGGGUGUUCGUUAGGCCCAAGGGAGUACCUCACGCCCCCGGCUCUCGUCCCUCCGUUUGUCCAUCAGUUCUUGAGGUGGCGACCGGGCUCUCUGGUUUUACAGGGCAUCCCAAAAGGGCUGGAAGUGCUCGUCGAGCCUCUGCAGGAGUCGCUCUAUGGGGCACAGAAUGGUUGUGACAGGCUGCUGCUUGUUGCGGUACAGUUGAUUGCCCUGGUUCCAUUUUCGGCCCUGCACCUUAAUGGCCCUGUCAUCCGCCAUCUUGUGUGUGGUUGUCCCUGAUCAGGCGUUAGGCUCUUAGAGUUGGGGCAAUUAAACAGGUCUGUUCAGUGGGGACCGGGAUAACCCCCGCCGGUCCGGGGGGGUGGAGAGUAGGAGAUUUGCCGUGCAGGUUGGUCGGAGUAAGGAAGUCGGCCGCCCUUCCCCGACUCAUGCGUUUGUAGGCCUCAGACUGCCGCUGCGGGUUCUGGUGGCCAGGGUCCCGUGAGAGGUCUCAAAGGAAUCAGUGGGUUACCCCCUAGGUACGUAUCUACUCGGCUUGAGGCUCCCGGGUCGGAAUCCCGUGAUAUCACCAGGGAUUCAGUGGCUACGGCAGGAGCCCAUACAAAACACGUCCGUUUAGUUCAGGAGUUAGGCUCCGCCCCCAGUUUUAAUGCAGUUAUUAUGGUGUAAUGUAUUUAUUUUUUCAUUAGAUAUUUUAAUAAGUGCCAUACACCAUGUAACUAAUUACUUCACCCUCCCAAUGUUGUAACAUUGGAAUUUAGAUUGUGCCCCAUUUACUUCCUACUGUGCCUGAAAUCUCUAGCUCCUGUGCAAAGUGUGUGCUGAACAUACUAACAUUUGGGAUCCAUUCAUUGGGUAAAAUCUUUGUAUUAACGCAUGUAUUACAUUUAUUGUUGAUAUAAAGGAACUACAGAGUUUGUAAUACUACUCGCAUGUAUUAUAUAGGUACUAGACUCUGAUUUUAUUAGUGAAACCUGCUGUAAUACAUGCUAUUUAUGUCAGUGCUUUUCUCUUCCUAGCUGUGCAGUCGGCAGUUACAAAUCCUGGGAGAACUGCUCUUGACCCUUCCAUUCUUGCAAACACACGCAACAUUGGGCUUACUCCCACAUCUGUGUCAGGUGUACUGUCGCUAUGGUGAGUGCAUGAGUUAUAUUUAUAAAACUAUAACUUUCCUUUUUCCAAUUAUCUUUUUUUUUUCUUGGUAAGAAAUAAUGGAAGAUUCGUUGCUAGCCCAUUUUAAUUUUAUUGAUUCUUUAACGUUCCUUUUGCUGUUCCAGUUGAAGCUGUGUCUUCCAACCAGGACCUGAAGGAGUUUGGUGGCAAGCAGCAAGAUUUGCAUAUGGUGGUAUCAUCUGUGGAGGAGCUUAGAGAGUUCAUUCAGCGCUCCCUACCUAUUCUUUCACAGAAUCCUUCAAUAUUUUACCAACUGGCUUUGAAUGAACCUUGCUGCUCCAUAGUAUGUGUUGAAGCUCAAAAGAUCAUGAGUGCUAGAAAUGAUACAGAUGAUCAGAGACUCGUAUUGUGGAUUAACAAACCUCAAUCGGUUAAUGUCUGUUCCAGGUCAGUGUUCUGAUGGUGGAAGGGAGGAUUGGUUUCUUUUUUUCUUCUUCUUUUUUUUUUUUUCUUCUCCCUACCUAGAAAUGUUGGUCAGUCUUACAUGUAAAUAAUUUUAUACCCACAGCAAAUCAUUGGAGGUCCCUUCUUCUCCCAGUUGUGCUGUGUUGGGCUCAGAGGGUAGAAUGGCCGUGGUAGGCACUAGUGAUGGCUCACUAUACAUCUUUGAUACACAGAGUGGGGAGGUGAGUUGAGCUCUCAGUUUGUUUAGUAAUAUUUAUUUAUUUAUUUAUAAAAUAUUUUACCAGGAAAGAUACAUUGAGAUUUAUCUUGUUUUCAAGUAUGUCCUGGGUCCACAAAUUAUUGCAUUGUUACAUUAGGGUACAAUAAGAUACAAAAACAAUAUUAAUACACAAUAAAUACAAAAUUUAACAUAGAACAGGUUGGAAAUAUAUAAUCAACCAUGACAGGUGCAUUCUGUUAGUAAUAGGGCAUCAUAUGUUGCUCUUUGGUUUUGGAAUAUAUCCUAAUUUGGUUCAAGUGACACUGGGUCAUUGUUCCUCUUUACUUGAAAUCAUAAAUAAUUAUUUUAACAUGUAGCCUAAUGGGUAUUUAUAAUUUGAAGAUGACUUGGUUCUGUACUUUGACAGGAUUUGAAAAUACUACAAAGUGGCUGUGAUGGAGUAGCUGCUUGCUCAUUUAUUUCCUCUGACACUCUCUGUGUAACUUCAUAUGAUGGAAUAAUGGAGAUCUGGAACAUCAAAGAUGGCUGCAGGUAACAACAGAGCAAUAUGCAAAUGUAAUCUUUGAUCACUAUAUUGUGAAUAAGAAUAUCACUUUUGUUUGAAAUGAAAUUGAAAUGGGAUUUGUUUCGGAAGACAUAAAGAUUCCUUUCCACAAUUCAGCUAAAGAUUUUUUUUUACUUUACUACUUGAAAAGUCAAAUAUCACAUGUGGAAUAAAAGCCAUAGUGAUAUUCUGUUGUCCUGUCCAGUUUACAGCUGGCGUGCUUACUUUUAUAAAAUCACUUUUAUUAAGUGGUAAACACUCUUAACUCCUAAAGCAUCUCUGCUCAGGAAGUGCUUUAAGAAUGUGGAGUGUUCUUUGAAAUAUUAUGCAAUAAGUCUCUUUCCUAUCUAACCAUCACCUGAUUAUUUUUCAGACAGCCCAAGGCAACAGGUGGCUGUUAAUGAGCUUGCAAAGUGUUUGUGUGCAGACUUGUGUGUACUUGGCAUUUUGAGACAGAGCAUGUCUGGACAUAGUUAUUUUGGUGGAAUUGUACUGAUGUUGGAAAGGAAGCAUCUUUUGACUGAUGGUCUUUUGUUGAUUUAAUACACAAGUAAUAAUUUAAUACAAGUCAGGAUGGGAGAUGGGCAGUUUAUUACUCAUGCAUGUGGCUAAAUAUUGCUGCUAUUAGUUUGUUUACACUGUAUAUAAUAAUUGUCCUCAGAAUGUAUAGAACUGAAGCUCACAGGCGGCAGGUCACUGGUUGCCGUGCUACAGCUGAUCGUAGGCAGAUUCUCACUUGUUCUUUGGACUGCCAGCUUAAGGUUUGUUCUUUUUAUAUUCCAGUAUGUGGCCUGUAUUGCCUCUUAACACUCCUGUGCACUGGCCCUUUCACAGUCCUAUACACAAUGAACCUCUUCUCUUCCUGUCCAUGUUACAAUAAUUUCCAAUCACUCCAUGUUUCUUUUAUUUUUAUUUUUUUCUCAGCUUUGGGAGACUAGCCGUGGUUCCCAUUUAGGCUCAACAUCUUUUCCAAGUCCCUUGAAUUGUGUUGAAUUUCAUCCACGUGAACAUGUGGUUGCAGUGGGAUCCUGGGAUGGGAAGAUAACAAUGGUUCAUCUGGGCACCUGGAAGAGAAAUGCUGUAAGACUGUAAGCUACUGAACAACAGUUUUCAUUUUUUUUCUGUGAUAUCUUACUUUUACACUUCACUCUCCAUAGAUCAUUGGUGGAGGCUCCUCAGUGAGAGCCAUCUCUUUCUCUCUGGAGGGCAAUAUGGUGAUUUCAGGGAGUCUUGAUGGCUGUGUUUCGCUUUGGGCCUGGGAGGCUAAUGUCCAACUUGCUCACUUCAGUGCCCAUAAUGGAUCAACAAUGACUACCAGCUUAUUGAGACAGGGAGAAAAUCUACUAACAGGUGGAGAGGAUGGCAAGGUAAGGCCAUGUUAUCAGGGACAAAACCAUGUUGGAAGUGCAAAUGAUGUGACUUAACCUCUGGGAAAGGAUUGGGUAUAAUUAUGUUUCUUCUGUAGGUACAAGUUUGGUCAGGUGGUCUUGGGAAGCUGAAAGGUCAAGUUUGUAUGGAGAGCACACAGUCCCCAGCACUAUGUCUUGGGAUCUCACCUAAUAAACAACUGCUGGCUGUUGGCUAUCACUCAGAUUCAGUGUUUGUCUAUAAUGUGGAUUCUGGUGAGAUAUCUGAAUGGGGUAGAUAUUGCAUUUCUGAUGUUUGUACGAUGCAUUGUUUUGUAUGACUAGGUCACUGCUGAUCAGUAAAAAUAAAUUCUCUACAGUGAGAGUCUCCCAGCUUCACACAAAUUUAUUCUUAAAACUGUGACUUUUUUGAAUUAGAUUAGAUAACUUGGAGACUCUUUUUAGGGGCAUAUGUUUUGCCAUUGUGAUGUCCUCUCCAGUAAUAAUGACUAAACACUUUUUUUUUUUAGGAUUUUUUUUUUUGUGAUACCAAGUCACUAGUGCCGUCUACAUCGCAGGGUAGAAAUGACUGCAUAUAUUAAAGAGGGUGUAACUUUUCUCACCUUUAAUGUGAUGUCUUAAGUUAUUACCUGCAAUUUCUGAGCUUGUGACCCUCAUUCUCAUUCUUCCUUGGGUGACUUAUAGUUAACAUUUCCCAGCUAGUAUGAAAUUAUGGAUAAAUAAUUGAAGAGGAAUAAUUUGUAUAAGCUAUGUUAGAAUGAAAGACCGCAUUAAAGGGACACUCCUAGUGCAACAAUUGCUACAUGUUAUUGUAAAUGUUUUUAUUUAUUUGUGGAAUCAUUCUACACUGAGCAUGGUACAGAUUAUUAAAAUUAUUUAAUUUUGCAUACAUUAUUUUAAUUCUUUGUGUGUGUGUGUGUGUAUAUAUGUAUAUAAAUCUGUGUAUAUAUAUAUUAUAAACACACUUCUUUUAUAUGUUGUCGUUACUGGUUAUAGUUUAACAUCUCUUUACUUCUGGCAGGUGACCGUGUAUCACUAUGCAGUUUCACAGAUGUGGCAGUAAGAACUCUCCUAUGGCUCUCGGACAGUGUGCUGGUCACUGGGAGUUCUGAUAAUUUGGUGCGAAUAUGGAAUGUCACACCUGGAGCUUCUGUCUGUCAACUGACACUUCAUGGACAUCAGCGCCCUGUGCAAGCACUUGCUAUAUCUUCUCAACUUUUGGCAUCUGCAUCUGGUGAGUAUUUGUAGUCACCCAUGGUCUAUAAUAAGUUUUAGUUGUUUGUUUCUUUCUAGAGUUUGAAUGUAUAUAGCUACCUCAUCACAGGAUAUUAGGGCUCUUCUUUUCAUAAAACAGAGAUUUUCCAUUGAAUAAUUAUAUGCUGUGGCACCAGAGCCCUUUUAGAUAUGCUGAGGUUUAAGAUUUUUUUCUGGAAAGUUUGCAUCUGUAUUAAAAACAGCAGCACACAAUAAUCCUAUAUUUUAACUGAGACUACACCCUAUUGAAGCUAUAAAUACCCUAUGUGUCUGACCAGGUACAGUCUAUUGAAGUGGUACUAUGAAAGUGCUAAUGUGAGUUUUAAAAUUGACUAGUAUAGUUCCAUGUUCUAACAAGUCUCAUUGUAUGUCACACUUUAGACGAUGUUUCUGUCUGCUUGUGGACAUUGGAAAAUCUGCUUGGAGUUGCCUUGCCUUCUGCCCCAGUUUCUGUCCUACGAGGCCACACAGCCGGAGUUACAUGCUGCUCUUUCAGCCAGGAUGGAAGACUUUUAGCAACAGGAGGGAAGGACCGGGUAAGGGAAGAUUAAGAGUUAAAAUAAUAUUAGAAAAAGUGGAACGGCAAAAAAUUGCCUGACCAGUAAUUGCAUUUCCAACCAGUUUAGUAGAUUAUGAAGGGUGGAGAAUGAUAAAGAUGUGGACGGAUUAUUGGGUUAUUUUCAGGAAUAUGUGUUUUAAUUUUCAGGGAGAAUCAGGGCUAGAAAUAAACUGGAUCAAAGUAUAAUGAUAGGAUCUAAAGGUUGAAGGUACAAGUUAAAAAUGGUGAUGAUUUACAGGCUGGUGAAGAAGAAAUACAUUUAGUUUUAAAUCAAUGGAAUAAAAAUAAUAGUUGCAAGAGCUAAGGAUGCAUGUCCAUUACAUUUAAAUCUUAGGCCUGAUAGCUCAACUGGCAACAUUUCUCAAAUCUGCUAUUCCAGUUCAAGAGAAAAGUUACAAUUUCCUUUUUAAUUCUCAUCAGUUUAGUGAAUAACCCUAAAUGUUAAUAGACAGAUAUAGUUAUUUCAUUAUGUGACUGAUCUUCCUCUCUUUCAGUCUGUGUUUUGUUGGGAUGUCUCUCUAAGCCCACCUGCUAUUGUACACUCUCUGCUGUCAUGCCACAGGGACUGGGUAUCUGACUGUGCAUGGACUGAGGAUAAUAAACUGGUGAGACAUGACUACUUGUAUACAUGAUCCUAUUGUUAUCCUAAACCAUGAACAAAGGUGGAGAACACAAGUAUGUCUCCACCUUGAAUUUAUUAUUACUGAACAAAACAAAUGCAUCUAUGCAUAGUGCCUGCAUAUAUUUACAUGUGUGCACCACUGUGUGUUAGUGUACCAUAACAGUGACUGUACACUUAGCAAAUGAAUGGUAGUUGAAUACAUUCAUAUACAUUACAAAAGCUUUCUUUCUAAGUCCACUUCCUACACCAUAACACCUCUAAAACAUUUGGUAUUUCUUAAUUUGAACUUGAAAUCACAAUGGGUGCAACUAUUGGGCUUUACGAUUAUAUUGUUUUAGCAAUAUAGUGCAUUCUAAUGUCGGCAAUCCUUAUUUGAACACUAAGGGUCUGAUUUGCACUAAUGCAUAUCAGGUCAUUUGUUGUGGUGAACGAAGAGGGUAUGGAUAUUGGUCAUUCCCGGUUUCAACCGUGCCCCAUUUAUAUUUAGUCUUCUUAAAUAAUGUAGCAUGGUUGGAGACAAAAUACUGGUUCUUAUGGGCAAAAUGACUCGGCAGUACUGGAUAGCCUUAUUCUGAUUUCAAGACUCAUGUUAGUUCAUAUAUAGCCAUCAUAGCAGUCACCUUUGUGAAGGUGUGGUCUGCCUCUUACUACAUGGAACUGUGAUUCAGAGAGUAGAUGUGUAUGUAGUAGGAACAGCUUCCUGGGAAAAUUUGCCAUUUACAUGCCAGUUUAAUAAGCCAAUUAAAAAACCUAUGCCGCAGUGCCCCAGCUCCCUUUAUUGUUAAGCAAUGCUUUCAUAUGUUUUUAUCUAAACGGUUUCCAGGACAAUCAUUUUUUGGUUUGACAUAACAGAACACUAAACUGUUAGGAAUACAAAACUGUAUUAUUUUUUUUUUUUACAGUGUACUGUUUAAUACACUGCAGGGUUAAGCGGACAGGUUGGUUUUGGAUUUCGUUAGUGGAAGUGAAAUUGUCUAGAUUUCGUUUUUAUUGUAAAAAUAUUAGACCUCCCCAAAAAAUUAAUUGCCCUUUUAAAGAGUUAACUUUAUAAAUGUUUAUUAUUGUUACUAAGAAAGAAAAUCUUACAACUUUUUUUUAAUUCUCUAAAUUUUCAGAAAAAAAGUGGGAGAGUACAAAACUGCAUAGAUAUUGCCCAACAAUAAUAAGAACAUCACUUAAGAUAGUGAUUGCAUUCUUUGUACAAGUAAAUGCAUGGAUACAUUCACCAUGGCAAUGCAUUCAUAUGAAGGAAAUGAGACAAUGUGGUAAUACAGAUGUAUACAGUUGGACAUAUAUGGGUUGCUGCCCAAUCAAAACCAAAAAGUUCAGAGUUUGUAGUGGGGUUCCCUUUCCUCUUGCUCAUCCUUUGAUCUGCAGCAACGGUCAAGAGUUUCCAAGGAGCCUGUGAAUGCGUAGCUUCCCAAGCUCCAUUGUUCCUUCUUGUCUGUUGUAUUUCCUAUGCAGGAAGAGAACUAAACUAUAUCUAUGUUUAAAACCAUAACUUUCAAAGUGGGGAUUAAGAGAGAGAAUGAGAGGGAGAGGGAGGGAAAAAAAAGUAAGGGAGAUGUUAUGCUGUAGCAAGGAAGGAGUUCAAAAGAAGAAAACGAUCAGAGUAAGUUGUGGAGCCAAGGUGUGAUCCGACUAAGAGUAGAUAAAAAGGAUAUAGAAGUCCGUUCAGGUUUGCUUAUAGAUUGAUUUCAUUAUUGUUCUCGGGGUUCACAGCUCUUUUUUUGUUUUUUAAUGAUAAAUACAUUGAACUGCAAAACGUGCACAUGAACAAAGAAGCAUUUUCUUAUUGAUAGCAGGUAACAAGCCCUUCCUUCUCUACUUGUAGGUAUCAUGCUCGGGAGAUGGCUCCUUGUGUCUCUGGAAUGUCACUCUGCAGGAAUGCCUUUUGCAGUUUGCAGGACAUCAUAGUGCAAUCAGUAGUGCUAUUUGCGUGGUAUGUACUUAUAUUCCAUUUGAAAAUUCACAUCUCUGAAUAGUCACAGAAAUAGAUGUCUGCUUUGUAAUGCUGUUACAGGGAGAACGUGUACUGACAUCAGGUAGGGAUGGAUGCCUGAAGGUUUGGAAUAUGUCAGGCGUUGAGAUUGCCAGCAUUCAAGCUCACCAUGACCAAAUAAAUCAGAUAAUUGCGUACUGGGAUUCAGAAGAAAGCCAAGGUAAUUGCAUGUGGCAAAGAUGUCAAUACAUUAUAUUCUGCACAUACGCUUUUGAGUAUCUAAUCUGAAGCAUUUAUUAAUAUCUACAUAAAUUAGACAGAGACACCUACAGUUAGUGCCUUAGUCUGACAGUAUUGUUUUAUGAAGAUAGAGUUCAGGGUCAGUAUAUUAUCUAUUUAGCAGUCUAAAUAUGAAAGUAAACAAAUUCACACAAAAAAAUAUGGUAUGGCAGGCAAUCGUAUAUAUUUGAAUAGAGACCAUACAUUGAGAACAGACACAAAUUGUUAACUUUUAUUGGGCUAAAACAUUGUGUUUUAUUUAAAGCUCGAGGGGGCAUAACAAAUUGUACACUUUAAAACAAUUAACCAAAUAACGUGUAACUUUGUAAACAUAAUUUAUUAAACAUCACCAAAGUGCCAGUCAGUCCUAGAUGACUUGACCACCUUUCAUACCAUAUACCACCAAGUACAUGCUCAUAACUUUUUGCCCCACAUUGCUUACAUAAACACCACGACAAGUAACAAUCAAAAUCGUGGGGGGGCGGAGAGGGAGGAGGUCUGUCCGUGCCACUCUUUAUGUCCACUGAACAGGCUGACAUGAUUUUAUCUCCCAGUGUUUAUAUUCUUCCAAGUUUUCAGUUUUCUAAUCCCAGGUCAUGUCCAGUCUCCUAGCAAAGACACUGUCCUCUACAUCUGCUUAAGGGGAUACAAGAGUCACCAGAACAACUACAGCUUAAUGCAGUGGUUCUGGUGUCUAUAGCAUGUUCCUGCAGGAUUUUUACUGUAAACACUGCCUUUUCAGAAGGCCACUAGAGGUGCUUCCUAGUCCAGUGCUGCACAGUGUGAUUCAGUGCAAUUCUUUGAGGAGAUACUAGUUGGCUCAGUGCAGUGUUUUGCCAUGCAAUCACAAUAGCCUUCCUGUGCUUUCCUAUGGGAAAGCAUUGCGUUGUCUGAGAUAGUCAAUAUUGAGGAUCUCCGCCACAGAGGCAAGGCCAGAUGCGGCGAGUAUAAUCUCCUUUUAAAAGGCAAAGGGGGCUAAACAUUUAUUUUACCACUAUAAUGUCAGCAAUACAUGUUUGUAUUUCUGAUACUAUAGUGUUCCUUUAAGACUGAAUUGUAUUAAAUGAUUUAGCCAGAACUUUAGGUGGACUUGCCCUAAAUAAUAGCUAUAUAGCUCAGAACUUGUAAUGUCACAAAAAGGUUGUUCUCUUUGUUAAUAAUUUUUAAAUACUUCUUGUUGCAGAUGAUGACAAUUUAGUGGCUUAUACAGCCGGUUCUGAUGGAUCUGUUUUAAAGUGGAGCCCUCUGCAGGUGAGACACUUUGACAAAUAUGCAUGAUUAAUUUCUUGACUGCAGAUGGGUUGGUUAGCAUUCUGACACCAUCCCUCAAUCUGUCUUCUAGAUGGAAAAGAUGCAAAUGUUAUGUGGUCAUGGAGACACCGUGAUCGCUUCAGCAAGUGCACCACACGGCGAAGUCACGGUUACAGCAGCACUCGAUGGCUCAGUGCGAUUGUGGGGAAAGCCUAGCAGAGAGAGUAUGUCAAGUUGGAAGAACUUCUGAGUUCUACUCUGUGUGACCGAGUUAAAAUAUGUUGGUUUGAAGAUGUAAUUUAUAGUUGUAACGUGUAAAUCAACUGACAGGAACACUGUAUGUACUGUGGCUGACUUAAGUAAGUAAUGCACAGUUGAAUUGUUGGGAAAAGUGUCAUGGAAAUAAAAAAUAGGAACUGUUCUUGCAUAUCAUUAGCUGGAAAUCACUAGGAUUACAAAGGAAAAAAAUAGUUAUAUUAUUCUUUUUCACUCCAGAGAGCGUUUUACCCAUCAGCCACAUCGGUGCAGUUUCUGCUAUUGCCUGGUCGCCUGAUGGAAAGGUAGUGGUGUCAGGUGAAGAGACUGGAGCUGUAAUUGUAUGGAAGCAAUAUAAACCCAUUCUCACAUUACAGGUAACGCCAGUGCAUAGGAGUGGUUGCUGAUGUAGAUGAUGUUCCUGUACUAUUGAAAUAUGGCAUAAUUGUGUGUUCUGUUGUGUUUUUUAUUCUAUUUAGUGCAGUGAACUUUCUGUGUUUUCACUUAUAUUUACCACUCAACGGUCAUUCUGUGUGGUAUCCAAUGACAAGAAGGUGUCACGUUGGCUAUUGUUUCCAUGCAAAGCUGGUGGCUUCAGGUGAGUUUGUAAGAGAAGGAAUCUAAAAUAAAUUGCACUUGACAGUCCACUCCCCUGACACAUUCUUCUUCCCUUACAACUUCCAGUCUUUCUCCUUUCUGCCCAAGUGAAGGUGUCGAUGCCCAUUGCUUGCAGAGAUGAGGGUGUCUGACAUCAGCAGGGGGUAAACACGCCACUGGGAAUUCAAUGGGUAGACAGUGAUAUUGUAUACAAAUUUCCUCUGAGUGGGAGAUUCUUGGACACUUGAGCAUGCAUUAAAUAACGUUCUAAAUAUUUGUGCUUUCGGUUAUUGCAGAAGUAAGAAAGCAUACAGUGUGGAAAUGGAGUCCCAGGUGGUCAGUGCAAAUCUAACCUCUUCAGAACAGAUUGAGUUGAUUACAGUGCUUGGAAAUAGGUUUCUCCUUGAAACAAAGACUGGUGUACUAAAGGUAUUGACAAUGAAUGGCUAUCAAUAGCUGAACAUGGUUUCUUUGUGCAUUAUUUAAAGCUAAAUUAUGAAGGGCUGUUUCUUUAAAUCAGCAGGGAAAUUAUUCUGAAUCCAGCUCUGUGCAAGAAGCCAGGGUGCCGCCACCUGAGGAGUUGCAGCCUGGCACCUUUAUCAAUGCAAAGAAAUCGGACAUUGGUACAAAGCUUUUUAAAACUUAAUAAUACUUUUAAUAUGUGUACUCUUAUAAGUCCAUUUGUGAUGUUUGCUGUUUUAAUCUAUUAUGUUCCUAAAUAAUGCUAUAAUGAUCGAUACUUAGUUUCAUUUAACUGAGAGGUCCCCAGAGUUCUGCUAGAAAAUAAUACCUGACUUCUGCGCACCUAUUUUGCAAAUUUUACUCAUGCAGUUAACUACUAAUUCUAAUGGUGUGAGAUGGUACACAUAUUUUAAUGCGUGAAACAAAUGUUUUACUUAAUGCUAUUCUGACUUGCUCACUUACUUUUAUACAGGUGUAUGUGAUACAGCAGGGGGUCUGUGGCUUCCCAGCAAAGAGGUUAAGGAUUCUAAAGGAAAGAUGACAGUCAAGUGGGAAAAAAUACAGGUACAAUUAGUCAUACUAUGUGCUCUUUUUCCUCCAUUUCAAAGGACCUGUAAAGGGGAAAAUGUAUUUGUAUUUGCCGUAAUUUUAUUUCCUCACUAAUUUCAGUGGCAUCAUCACAACUGGGUCAGCUCUCUCCCUCAACAGCUAAUAAAGAAAUAAAACAACCAAUUAAGGCUAUACAUCUUACUUUUUGUAUCUCUAUACCCCACUCCCUCUAGCAUGUAAGCUCAUUGAGCAGGGCCCUCAACCUCCUCUGUUCCUGUGCGUUCAACUCAUCUGAUUACAAAUCCAUGUUUGUUAGUCCACCCAUUGUACAGCGCUGUGGAAUUUGUUGGCUCUAGUUUGUAACCACUCUCUAGAACUCAUACAUUGGGUAUAGUAGUAUUAGUUCGGAUGAAAGGUCCUACUCCUUUCCUGUUCUGUUGCACCUUCAGAAGGCUCUGGACUGCUUCUUUUCUCCUCAUGACUUUGAGAUUUCCAGUAAGAAGAUUGUGUGUAUACUUGUCCUGAUCCAUAGUCUAUCAUGAAAGGACUAGAUAUCUCUUUAUUUCGAAAAACAAUGAUGGUUUUCUUCAGUCCUGCAGAAGAGCUUUCUUACCCUCUGCCACUUUCAGAAUGGCUUUAUACAGAACGUCCAUGGAAAGAAGAUUUUGCCCUAUUCUUUUAUUUUUAUCUGCUAUAGAAAGAUACAUUCACCUAGAUAUGGUUUUAGUUAGAACCAAGGCUGCUGUUGAAAAUAUAUAUAUUUAUUUAUUUGUGCUUGGAAUUUAAUACGUAAUGGAUAGUGUCUGAGAUGAAAGUUGGUGGUGGUGUGCCGAAACCAACGUACGAGUGGGCCUCUAAAUAAAAGAGGGCCCACCAAGGAGAAUUGUAAUGCUAUAAGGGUGAAGGUGGGUGAGGACAAUCAACUGGAACGGCAGAGGUGAGUGGGGGCUGGGAGUUUAAGUAGGGGACUUACUCCUCCCACAAAUUCAGGCCUAAUGGCCUUCCUACUUGUGCUCGGAAUUUAAUGCUUAAUGGAUAGUGUCUGAGAUGAAAGUUGGUUGUGGUGUGCUGAAACCAACGUACGAGUGGGCCUGUAAAUAAAAGCAGGCAAAAGAGAAGUUCAAGGAAAAACACACUUUAUUGCAUUUAUUACAUAACCAAAUUCUUGAAGGCUUGGCGAAGCUUUCUUUCUGGUUGUGGUAUGUACGUAUGGUAUAUGGAGGAUUUCCAUCGACCCAGUCUCUUGAUGAUGUGGAUCGGGGUGUUUGUACUGGAGGCUGAUGAAGCGGCUCCUAUGCGGAAGGAGUGACCAGAGAACGCUAUGUGAGGACCUCCAGCGUCGCCGAAAUCCCAUAGGAAAGCAUUGAAUAAUACUUUCCUAUGGGGAGGUCUAAUGCGCAUGCACAUUCGGUCUUAAGCCUUCAGCAACUUGGGAUGGGUGGUGGGAGGGAGAGGGGCACUAAUGUUUUCCUGGCACUGGAGAGUCCCUUUAACCCCUUCAGGACGGAGUCAAUAGUGCACGUUCUGAUUAAAACAAAAACUGGAAUUUGCGCUAUAUGUCUGUUCAACCGUAAUUCACCACUGUCACAUUAAUGCGGGACGGCAUAGAACGCCCUUAAAUUAAAGUUUAAUUUAUAUGGCAUGAGAUAAAAACUUGUAAGUCAAGAUCUGAUUGAAAAUGGAGGGGAAAUAAUGCAGGCUGUGUGAGUCACAAGUGGGAGCUGUGGCUACAUGGACAUAAAUAAGUGAUUUGACUCAUAAAUGGCAGAGAAUUGAGCAGUGAGACCUAUAUCGCUUCUUAAGUUAUAUUGAUGCCUAUAUUAUCCCUUUAAGGAUGCCAUAUUAUUAAUGGGAUCCAAGCAAAAGACAGGUGUCCAGGCACUUAGUUGAACAACUGUAAAACUGUCUGGACACUGUAACUAAGGGUGUGUGCCUAAUCCAGGGUCUGGAGCACCACAUCUACCUUUGUAUUACUUUGACUCAAGGAAAUGUCCUACUGAGAGGACCCUCCAAUAGAAAUUUUGUAUAUUAUCAAUGUGGGAAGCACUGUUCAUUUUGACAGUCUGAGUACUGCAUAUAUCCUUAGUUGAGUUAUGAUUUACACACUUUUGCAAACUUUUCUUGAAUAUUUCAUGUUUUAUCUGGUUUGGACCAUUCUCUGAAUUUCAAUCUGUGCACAGACUGCUAAACUGCUUUGGAUGAUACAUCCUGUAUUCUUUCUGCAAUCACCUUAGAUAUCCAAUUUUUGAAGAUCUUCAGGAGUCAUCCUAUAUUUUUUUACCGUACUCUGCCACCUUACUUACUCGUUUCAUAUUAAGCGUACUGCCUUCUAAGAGCAGCAGCCAGUCAAACUCUUAUGAUUGGGUCAUUCCGUACUUGACUCCCUUGUUCUAUGACUAUUCCAUAGCGGAGAGGCAGAGAGAGAAACCUAUAAGCCAUCCUAAAUGAAAAUAAAGAUACAUACAAAUUUUGCAGAAAAAUACAGUAUAAAAUUUUAGUAUUUAAUGCAUGCCAUGUUAGCCAUUAUUAAAGAAGCAAAAUUCUGCUAUGUCUUUUAAUGGCAUUCGAAGCAACCAGAUACCGAUCCCACUGAGCAUGUGUGGUAUCUUAAGCGGCUAGUGACAGACAAAACCUGCCCACUGCCUGCUGACAUCAGCAGAAGUGGUAGCCUGAUCCAAUCACAUAGGAUUGGCUGAAACUGACAAAGAGGCAGAUCGGGGCAGAGUCAGCAUGAUUGAAACACAGCCUUGGCCAAUCAGCAUCUCCUCAUAGAUGAAUUGAAUCAAUGAAUUUCUAUGAGGAAAGUUCAGUGUCUGCAUGCAGAGGGGAAGACACUGAAUGUUUGAAGGAUCUCUAACAGCCAUCUGAGGAGUGGCCAGUGAAGUUAUCACUAGGCUGUAAUGUAAACACUGAAUUUUCUCUGAAAAGACUGUGUUUACAGCAAAAAGCCUGAAGGUAAUGAUUCUACUAACCAGAACAAAUUCAAUAAGCUGUAGUUGUUCUGGUGACUAUAGUGUCCCUUUAACGGUUGCCUUGUUUGCAAUAAUAUUACUUCAAUCCGAAUUCUGUAUAUAUGCAAGACUUUUUUUUUUUAUUAUACAAGACCACUUUAAAAUGUCUUUUUAAAGAGCAGCCACUUUAUAAAUUUAAGUACAGCUGUAUAGUUAACCAAAGUUAGUUAUUGGUUGUGCUAAAAGUUUUGUAUAGCAUGAGUGUAUGCACCACUGCUGGAGGAAAUGCUGAGCUUGCAUGUGUAAGUAUUGCAUUUCUCUGUUAGAUUCGUAAGUGAGCACACAUGUUGCAUAGCAUCUUGGAAGUGCACUUUGGGUUGAAGGAACAAAGAACUGUCACUUUUCUGGAUGUGACAGUUGCUCUUUAAGGGGACACUGCAGUCCAGAAUUUACACAUUUCCUUGUAGUCAUACCAUUCAUACUGGCAAUGGAUACUGUGAUUGGCUGAGCGUGCAUGGUACAGCUUUUAACCUUUCACAGAUGCCCAUUCUUGCUCGGGCUAAUACUUCCACAUUAGCUCAGGCAGCACAGAUGGGACAAGGACUCUAAUUUAGCAUUAAAACUAUUUAAUGAAGAAUGAAUGGACAACACCUGGGACUCCAGCCAGCUCAAUUAGUUCAAUGAGAUGAAGGGCCUACAGUGUCCCUUUAAGUAUGUGAAGUAAAGUAUAAGAAAUAUCUAUAAAAAUUGAGCAGACGGAAGACUACAAAACAAUGUGCACUCUUCCCUCAGUAUAGGGAAAGCCCAGCCUGGAUCACUAAAUUGAUGAACUUAUCUAUUUACCCUGGCCGGCUAGUUAUAUACAUUGAAGAGUGACUCAAAUCCAUAUUGUUCAAGCAGUUACGGAUUGUUGACUAAAAAGAAAGUGAAACAUCCAGCUUGAAGUUAUUUCUUAUUAAACUGCAAAAUAAAAUAAAUCCUGCUACCAUAAAAAAGACAACCAAAUCUGUACACAAUCUGACAAAAUAACAUCCGAGGGGCAAAGGAUUAAAUAUCUUUAUUUCUAACUAAACAAUGUGUUCUUUUAUAUUAAAUGGCUAUUGGCACAAUUCUUGCCUUGAACUUCCCCUAUUCCUGGCUUACAGAUGCACAAUGCUUCAAUUUCCUGCCUCCGUGCAAUGGAUGGUUACGUUGUCUCAGCAUCCAUGGACAGGUCCGUGAAGAUCUGGAAGCGUAACCCAUUCAAACAGGUAUGUGAAUACUUUUGCAGUACUUAUGAUUAAACAGAAAUUGGUCUUGUCAUUUGUAGUAAUGUUAAUUUGUAUUUCCAGAUAGGAAUGUUCCACUGUGAAGGAGCUAUCACCUGCCUGUCACUCUGUCCUAAACUGGAGAGUGACUCAUCCCCUGCAAUCCCUCAGAUAGCCUGCGGAGAUCAGUAUGGAAAUGUGUAUCUCUUGACUUGCAUAUAA